UUGCAAACGACGCUAUUUAUAGCAGGGACGCUUCGUUCGUGCGUCUUUUUUUGUUCAUAGAAAAAAGUAGAAGAAAAAUUACAAAGGUAGAAACAAGAAUUGAAUAAAAUAUGAAGUAAUCUACCUUUCCUUUAAAUGGGAACCUUAAAUAUUCAGAAUCCACCUUAAAAAUCGCCAAAAAGUAAGGAUGUUUUGAAAAUCCUUUUGCAAACGAUACUAGUUUAGAUCACAUCACCGAGAUCACAUCACAUCACCGAGACUCUAAGAGAUCUUCACUGGCUUCCUGUUGAGGAGAGAAUUGUUUUUAAAAUAAACUUCAUAACUUUUAAAACAUUGAAUGACUCCGGUCCCCGUUAUCUUGAAGAUAUUUUAAAAUUUUACCAUCAAUCAUUGACAUUACGGUCACCAAGGGAUCAUUUACGCCUUGAAGAACCAAAUUUUAACAUGAAAACUUAUGACCAGCGAGCGUUUUCCGUUGCUGCCUUCCGACUAUGGAACAAGCUCCCCUUUGAAAUUCGAGCUUGUUCUGAUGUUAAUCUUUUUAAAUCUAAGUUGAAAACGUUUCUUUUUAAAAAGGUAUAUGAUAUUUAGUUUCAUCAUAUUUGUUUUUGUUUUCUUUCCUUUUUAAGAUGUUUAUGCUAUAAAUUUCCCAAUAUGUACAGUAGUGUUAUAUGUAAGCUUGUGAUUAAUGAUAUUCUUUUGUCCUUUUUUACAUUGUAAAGCGCUUAGAACAGCGAUGUAUAAGCGCUAUAUAAAUUCCAUUGUUAUUAUUAUUAGAUUCCAGACCUCUCCUGUCUCUGCACAUGCGCAGACGUUAUUCAGCUCUGUCCUGAGGGCUGAUACAUGUUAUUCUUCACUUAAUAAAAGGAAUGCUGCCUGUCCAAUUUUCAUUCUACUUUGCAGUAGUAGCCACGUGUAGUCAUCGACUACCUCUUUUUGGAUGUAAAUAUACAUGUAUCUUUGUAUGUAUGACAAUCCAUGUAUUUCACCGAAUUUGCCUCGAUUUCAAGUACGGCCUUCGAAAACGUGGCUCUUUCGUUCGCACUCAAUCGAUUCAGGAAGAAAACAAAAGAUCACUCAGAACACAAAUGAAGUGUGAUGUGGAAAACUUUAAGCCCAGGAGAAAUCCCGUUUCGUAUGGAAAGCCACCAUUUUGCAAGCAAAGAGUAUGAAUGUAAGUGAAAGUAAAAAAUUUGAACAAAUUGAAGCGAUACGUUUCUCAAAAUAUUUCAAGCAAUUCCUGGAACCGGUACUAAUGUUGGUGUUUUGGCUAAAUUUGUAUUCAGCCAGGCUUUGUUGUAUUUAUUUAAUUGAUAAGGUGCUGUAGUUAAUAAGAAUUUUUCUAGAAGGUGUGAGAAGGUUUGUUUUCCCCUGGUAACGUUUUAUACACGACGGAAACAAGGUUGGAAAUCACUCUUUCACUCACUCUAGCGCUCGCGUGCUUAACCCUAUCGUGACCAGGUUUCAGACAAAUAAUACCCUGAUUUACUCUCAUGGGCUUUUAUACAAUAUAGCUUGAUAAUAUAUAGAUUUAGCCAGGGCUAAAAGCGAAGUUCUCGUUAAUAAAUUCAUAAUUUAAAUCAAACAAUAAACUUGUAAUCCACAGAUCAGGGCACAUUCAUUUGACUUUUGAGGCAAAGGCUGAGUGAUUUUAGAGAAAAACAAUUUGACAGUCCAAGAGUGAAACAAUUUUUACAUCGAAUUAUUAAAAUAGUCUUAUUUGUACACCCAAAAAUAGCAAUCAUGUUCGAUCAGAGUAGAUUAGGCCAGGAAAACAAAUAGAUCUUUUCGAGUAUUGUAUUUGCAUUAGCUGUUGCAUCAUAAUGUGGUAUUCACCUGUCUCUCCAACAUUGCUCCGUUAGAGAGACUAUGGAUAUUAAUAUAAUGUUAAGAAACACACGCGCCACGAUAGUCCUUGGUGGCAGCCAAUUUACAAGUUGCAUUCCUAUGUCUAAAAGAGAGGCCAAAAUAAAAAUCAGGCCGGAUUUUUUGUGCUCGGCAAGUUUAGGUUACUAGUAAAUCUUGGCGACGAAUCUGGUGGCGCGUAAACCAGCAUUUUAAUCAUACUUUUUCUCAUCACGUCUCAGGUAAACAGUACUAUGAGGCCCUUUUUUAUCAUACAGACCUCAGACAGAAUUUGUUCUUUUUUGCCCUAUUUAAACGUAUAAUUCUGCAGUUUUUCACAACUUUGCGAGAGAAUUUGCACUCAUUCAAUAUCCACGACGAUCAAUGCACGCGCUUCCUUUGCACAAUAAAUUAUAGCAUUGAAUUAUAAAACGUUUUCAUGAGGAGAAUUCUAUAAUGCCGGGACUUUUCAGUUAGAGAAAUCUGGUCCUAUGUGAUAUGCGGGGUAAUAAUUAUGGGCUUUUAAUGAAAACGAUAAAAAAAAAAAUUCCCAAAAUCACUUUUCGGCCAGUCGGACGGGUUCUCACUGUGUAUGGUUUUGUUAUGUGUAAUCUUUAAAAGCGAGUGAUAUUUACGCGCGGCGUUUUGAGUAUUCCUGCGUGCGAUGUAUACGUUCGACUGGAAACAACCGGUACAGCGAUAAAAAUUGCGAGAGGGACUACAAACAAUCAAUAAAAUAAAUAUAAUUCGGUGAAACAUGUACAGAGACAAUAAUUUUCAUUCACGAAGAGAAGUAUUGAGAGUAAAGUGUCUCUGGAAAUCAUGAGUCAGGUAAGCAUAAGCUUAUUUAUGAUUGAAGCGGGCUUCCCAGCGUUUGCUCUUUUUCAAGAUGAACUCGAGGCAAGAAAAUCGCUCAGAGCUUUCUCUUUACAGCCAAAAUCAUAACUAAAUAAUCUUCGGAACCUUUUCUUUGAAUUUGCGGUCAAAAAAUGUCUAAAGGCUUUUUAAACCUGAUACUAUUGUAGGUUAGAUCAUUGCUCGUGUAUAAACUUAAGCCGCAUAAACCAUACACUUGACUUCAAGAAACCGAAAAAAAAAAAAAAAAAAAACACAUCAAAGACAAUAAUUGCUCAGGCUUACCAGUCGAGAUGCUGCUUCUGAAGGUCAUCAAGUGUUCCAGAAUCGCUUGAGACUUUUCAACCCUCUUGUGCCUCAAGCAAAGGCAAGUGAGUAAGCUCGUUUUUGAAAAUGAUGUCAUCCGAAAUCGGAUUUCCAAUGACUUUGACAAGCGGUGCAUUUGUCAACAAAAAGCGCAAUAAACAAACCAGCCAUGAAUUACAGAACAAUCUUGAUAGCAGUUAUAUUUCAUUUUGUACACCAACUAGAAAAAGAUAGUUUAAAACAUCACAAGAUGACACAAAACUCUGUCAGCUCCAGCUAUCAGUAAGCAAGUUACCAGACGCUACAUAAAUUUUCCGCAUGAACUCACCUGUCAAAUUUUGACCAAUCAGAACAUAAAAAUUGGACGUAGAGCGUGAUCAACGCGUGACAGUGAGAAAAGUCAAAAGUGAUUGCCUUCCCUGCAUGUAAACGUAAAAGACGGUUGAAUUUUCGCGUCCGAGGUCAGUUCGAAAUCAACAUUUAAAACUGCGGCUCAUGAACACAACUUAUUUCAUAUGCAUUUAAAAAAAAAUUGAACUUGAGCCUGCGAUCAUUUGAAAAGUAGAAACUUGUCAGCGGAUACCUUAAAAAACACUCGAACUCAGUGGGUCGAUAACCUGAGUCCGCGAUAUGGUCAGGUGAUACUGGUCAGCAAGAAACACUAUUUUGACAGCUGUCAAUUAAUCAAAACAUGGAUGUACAAUAUUAGGUUGCAGGCUCCCAAACUAGCUAGAAAGUGUGAGAUUAAACAUUGAUAUGCCUGUGGUGCGGACGGACAAAAGGUCGGGUGGUCGGUGUACCGUCACGUGAUUGCCGAAUUUCCUAGGAGGGAUAGAUUUUCUAAGCUAAGGGGCUUCGAAUUGAGCCCGUGAUCAAAUAAAAUGUCAGCGCAAAACUUUAAACACCACGUGACCUCAAUGGAUAGAAAAAUGAGCCCGCGAUACACUCAGGUAAUGAUGGUCAGCGUCUACUCUAGUUUGACAGCUGUCAAUUAAUUUUCAAUAGAAUGGCGAAUAUUCGAAUUAACAGACUACGAGUGUGAGAAAGACAUAUCCGUCCGGCACGUAUUGGAAAAUGCCAGAUCGUGUACCUGAGCGAGCCUGGGCCCACGUUAUUAGUUUUCUGAUAGUGGUCUGCACAUGUCCCAUUUUGACAGCUGUCAAUUGACCUUAAUUUGGCUUGCCAAUAUAACUUUAAACGACUGUCAAUAUAACUUUAAACGACUGGUAAGUGUGACAUAUUAUAUCAGCUUAUAUGUAGGGGCAAAACGACUGGUCUUUCAUCUGAGCCCUCGAGAUGAUCAUGUGAUAACUGUCAGCGGAUGUCUGAUUUUGACAGCUGUCAAUCUAAUCGUACUCAUACGGAUGGCUUACAUAACUAAGAGGUUAGUCAAGUUGUGCAAGAUCUAUUGUGACAUUUGGCAUCGGCUUACAUGAAGUGUGUGUACGGGUGGGCGGGCGCGCCGGCGGGCGUACUCUACGUCAUAACCAAAUUUUCUCUGAUGGUUAGUUUACCAAAUUUUCGAACCAAUGGUGCUCCGCUGCGCCCGCGCCUCGCGCGCGUGAGAGCUCCGCUAUAAACACUUAUUUUAGUUCAAAGUUCAGUUUUAUCGAUCGCCUUCGUCUCGUGUAGCGUUACAUGCACUGUUAUUUGACACGGCCGGUUAAUGUCAAAUAUCAACAAUCGAAAUUAACUGCAAUGGAUGGAAUUUCCCGGUGCAAAUUAUUUGAAAUAUCAUACUUUACUCGCAGCACUUUUCUUUCCACUGGAAACUAUUAGUUGCUGCCGGGCAUCAGCCGGCAGCGGACCAUAUUCUUGAGCGAUUUGAGAUUUUUCGUUCAGUGGUUCCAUGGUUCCGUGGUUCAUCUGUGACUGCAGCGCUGCUCAGUCAGCGGUUUGCUUAAGCAAGUGCUUAGCUGCCCCGCCUGUUUGUCUCUUAGGAGCAACCCGCAAUUUGGUUUUGCUCUCAUGUAAGAUCUGUGCAGAAAUCGUAGUUUAUCGGAUACUUGCUGUCUUUUUAAACGGCCUAAACGGUAAGAACAGUUCAAGAAGUAUUGUACGGAACAUUUUUUCGGUUUAUUUUUUAGCCAGGUUUCAAGAUUAGUUAUAGCGAGUAUUCUUUUGUCACAAAGAUUGUUAUCUCGGUAAUCAGGAUUGUAAGUUACAUAAGUGAACGGUAUGUGCUGUAUAUCUACCUGACCUGUGAAUAAACAAGUUUUGGCCUUCAUGUUAUUUGUUCGCAACUCAUCUCACCCUGUGUACGAUGAUUGUUCGAUGAAGAAACAGCCUGUCAGCACUGCUGUUGUUUUAGAAUUUCGUGAAUUAUUAAAAUAAAUUACAAAAUGGUAUUGAAACCCUAGCGAGUUAUAUGAAUGUAAGCAUAUUUGUCAUCGUGAUCGGUUCAUUUUUUAUAUUACGCUCUGAGUGUUUCAUAAUGCCAGCAAGUCUAAGUUAUUGACUUUAAUAAAAAAGAAUUCAUAUGUUCAGCUGUUCUACAAACUGUCUUUGUCCUAUUCGCAUCGCAACUAACGGCAGCAGUUCCCUUGUCGAUGAGAACUUCUAGUUUAUAGGUCACGUGAUAAUGGUAACGUGACAAUUUUACAAGUAACGCACAUACAUAGGUUGUAUGUCCAGGCCGGAAGGUUGCCAUGGCAAUUGUGUAAUUUCACAUGUGAAAUUACAAAUUAACGCUGAAAUUUCGCGCCAAAAUUAAGGAGUAAUUCGUCACUUAUGAUAUUACAACGGUAAUUCUUUGUACUGUGAUAAAGUUCCAUGUUGUUAAGGAAUCUAAGGAAGCUUUGCUGUACUUUGUGCAAGACUUUCGGUCUAAUCCAUAGUUUAUUGACAGCUAAAUGUAUUGAUUUAUCUUUGUUAAUCGACAACCUCGUCCCCAGGGUCUUCUCGCUUUCCAAUAUAGCGGCGACAGGGGAGAAGACCCUGGCACACAGCAGAAAUCACGUGACUGAUUUGUCCACGGAGAGUGGAAAUUUAUUCAAAAUGGCGGCCAAGAUAAAGAGUGAGAGGAUCUGGGUACGAGGUCUUGAGACUGGUGAAAAACAAACAAAAAAGCGGCAAAGGCAGAACUCAAAAGAAGCUAAAAAUAUGAAAGAAUACACUUACAAGCCACAGGAAUACGGUUAAAUGAUAUAGCGAUCUUAUUUUCUGUUCAAUGACCUUCAUUUGUUUUAAGCCUGAAAGUUCUAGCGCACACGGCUGUCUACAACUUAAUUUCUCGGUACCGACCUUUUUUUGCCGUACCCUGAGCGCCAGAGGUUCAGGUUUCUUCUUUCGUGAAAGGGGGAGCUUUUUCUAACCUUGAGCGCAAUUUAUUUCUUCAUGUUAGGAAUUUCGAGAACAGACCUCUGAAGCCAGGGAAUUUUCUGUCAUGACGCUCUAAGACCUCUUCCGCUCCGAAAUUCAACUAAGCAUUAAAUUGAGUCGCAGACACUUUUAAGCUGAUAAGUUAUCGUCAGUUUUGUUACAGAUCUUCUUGAGGUUUUUGACUAUUGUUUUUCUAUCUGCACAAAUUUUAACUGAACUCUGAUAUGUAAAAAAACAAUUUUUUUUUCUGAAAACAAGAACCAGAGAACACUAUUUUGUUAAUAUAAUUUGAGGAAACUUUGGUUGAAAAUUAAACAGUUCCUUGGUCAGUUUGGAUAUUUUGUCACUUGAACUGGUACAGGUAAUAAAAUUAUUGUCAAUCUUCAUCUACUUCACAGUUUUUAGACUUUGUUAUUGGCUUUUGAUAUUUAACCCCGUUCACAGUGCUUCCGGGCAAUAGAGAUAGGGGCCUUAUUUAAUCUAGCAAAGACGGUGGUAUUAGUUCCCCCUAAAAAAAUGCCAAGUGAAAAAGCCCAAGUACAAGACGGUUGGAGGUCAAGCAGCCGAGGAUCAAAAACAAAUCCGAACUUCCAGUUGGUGAAUAAAUCAUCCUGGAUCGGUCCACAGAAAGCUUUACAGUUUUCAUUGAUUUAUACAGUCUCUUAUUUAUUAGUGAAGAAUAAGAAAGGGGGGGGAAGGUGGGAUGGGGGUUAAAAAAGACGGGGCUUAUUGUUAAAACUUUCUUUCACUGAAAAGGAGGGCUUAUUUGAGAGAGGAGGCCUUAAUAGAGGAUUUAAGAUGUUGUUAUUAUUGUUUUUUUUUUGCCUCUCAGAUGUAAAAAAAAGCAUUAAACCCGCUUUAAUAGCUAGCAAAAGGUGAAGAGUGUUUCCAUUGUUUCUAAUAUAGUAAUCCAAAAUGUAUUCUCCACUUUGAAAUAGAUUUGAUUUUCAGAGCAAAAACUUUCUUAAUCCCUGACUUUGGUUUAUUUGACAUAUUACUUGGGGCUGCACUUUGCCAUGUCAAUGCGCAAAUUGACUAAAGGCUAGACUCCAGUUGUUCAAAAAUUUGAUAGUCCUAUCUGAGUCAUGUGCGCAGUAAAAGUUCCUAUCUCAUUUGGAGAUAAUAGAUGUUUUAAGUCAAACAUGCUUUGCUCGUCAGAUGGGCCCUUUCGUACUCUAAUUGAGACAUGACUUGGUAGUGGUGUGCUGAUUAUCGAUCAUAAUUUAUAAAGCAUCAGAAACCUAAAGCAAAGUGAGUAUUGCUUAUACAAAUGUUCAGUUGAUUGUUGUGGAAAAUUCACAAAAACAUUGUUGACAAAUAAGGACAUUAAUUCACCUGUGUUGUCUUUUUGAUGGGGUCUUAAUUUAGUUUAUAUGAUGUUUAGUUGGUUUAACUAUGUGACAGAUAAGCCUUCUUACAAAAUUAUUUUCAGUGUUGAAAGUGGCACACAGGGGGCACAAAACUAUAAUCUACUAUAAUCGAUUAUCAGUUUAAUAGUUGGGUUAAUCUGAUUACUUCUGACGAUAUGAUUAUAAUACAGACACUAUUACUAAGACUAACCAACACCUUAAAGUAGACUUGGAAAGUAUCUAAGCCAGCACAUCUAACAGCUGCAACCUCACACCGCAACACCUAAACAAGCCAAAAGCCUUGCCUUGUCCCUGUGUGGCAUUUUCCAAGGCCUUAAUUCUUGGUCAAUUCAUUUCGGUGACUUAUCUUAGGCAAACUGGAGGGAAACUGUUUCACUAUUUCGCUUGGGACCACGCGAUCUAAAACUCAUUGGCCAUGACUAGGCAACUAAAACCUCACUAUGCUAAUGGGGACUCUGGCACAAAACACUUCAAAAGCCUUUGCAUCCCGACAUGAAAAAUCCCAUGAUCGAGAUGCUCCAGGCCCCUUCCGCUCUUGUUUAUUCAGUGGAUAGUGAUAUAUGCACCCUUUGAAGUAGUUUAUUUUUUUAAAUCCAAGUUUUAGAACUGAAUUAUAGCUGCUUCACAAUCAUACCCAGCUGGUGUUGGAAUACUACAGUACCAGCCACUUUUUCACCUGGUCCACAAACCCCCUUUUCAAGGAUAUAGUGACAAGAACAACAUGCACACUUAGCCUACAGUAAUUGGAAGCUCAAUUGACAGGUUUUAGUUUGACAGAAAACGUAUUUAUCUUGGGGUCACUGUCACCCCAUGUCUGGAAUCUGGGAAAUUUUUCUCUUGGAAUCUGGAAUAAAGGUCCUAAAGUACUCUGGAUCCAACUUAUAACUGGAAUCCGGAAUCCAUGUUCCACUGACAGAGAAUCCAGAAUGCAGUAUCCAUGGCGCAAAAUUGAGAAUCCAAGACUGUCAGAUUUCCUUGAAUGGGCUGAUCACUGUUUUCAACUUGAUAAAAUAAAAGACAUCAUGUGCUUUCAUUUAUUUUAUUUUUGCAACUAGAAAGAAAUCCCACAAGCUUCAAUACAUCAAUAUGUAAGUUUUUCAUUUCUGAGAAAGGAAACAGUUUAUUUUCCCAAUGUCUCUGUAUUUAGCUGUAUUUCACUGCCAAUGAAAUGAGCAAAUAAUAAUAAAUUAUUAUUGUGACACUAAAAACUGAAUAAAUGAAAAGUCAGGAUUAAAAAUAUCAAAUGAUAGCGACACUAUGUUUGGCUUCAAUUUUUAGUUGUGUUUCGACAUCUGCCUCUCUCGCUCCUCGUCCCCCUUCAAAAUCACAAUGGAAAAAUUAAAAGAAGGCCAGGUUAGGCCCAUGAAUGUUACGAUCAAAUGAAAAGAAUGUUUCACUUGACAAAAAACUGCUGAGACAAAGCGCAGAUUAUGCAAGAUUUCCGUAUAACCCCAUACAUUAAUAAUAUUAUGCAUACAGCUUUUGUUCAAAGAAAACAAAAGGCAGAACAAUACUACACCUUUGCAACGGGCAGCUAAAUUUACUGAUAAGCUGAAGCCUUGCAAGUAUUCUUUCACAAGUCGGGAAUUAAAGAAACAAAUCUUUAGUAAUUUUCGGAACACACAAACCAAAUAGCACGAGUAACAGAAAUACCUCUACGCGUUAUAAUAUUCCCAGCGAUUACCAGAUAUCACUAUAUUCGAAUCUUUGCCUUCCAACGGUACAGUCACAGUUUUCCGAACAAUCAGACCUGAAUUCUGUCCACCUUUUAGGUCUCAAACACUGAAGAAAGCACUUCUCAGCCUCUACGAAGCCCUCAAAGGUUAACCAUCUUUGUUUUGGAAGGAAUAAACCAAUGAGAGCGCACGUAUGAACGCGCUAUGGAAUGCACCAAUCAGCGAUCGUUUUAGUUCGCUGUGUGCCAGGGUCUUCUCUCCUGCGGCCGCCAUAUUGGAAAACGAGAAGACCCUGGGGACGAGGUUGGUUAAUCGACUACAGUACGUAUUUCAAGGACGUAACACAACAUAACUAUCGUCAAUUCAGUUCUGUGUCUGCUUAAUAGAGGUUUUUAACGAUAGAAAUUAGCCAAAUACAAUUUAUUUCAGUGUCCGCCAGUCCACUUAAUAGAGGUGUCCCCUGAUUAGAGGUUCGUUAUAAAGCGAAAUAUAAGACGUUAAUUUCGGGACCUGGCUUAGUGUCCUUUUAAUAGAGGGUGUCCGCUUAAUUGGGGAUCCGCCUAAUAGAGUUUUCACUGUAUUUUGCUUUCUUGAGCGUUUGUGACAAGUCUGAUCGUGAAUUGCUUAGUCAUGUGCAAGCCGCCAUGAUGAUUUGAGCGUUGUUUUUGCCCAAGUUCUUCGUGCAUCCGUUGCUGGUUACUUUUAGGGGUUUUAUCGGAUUAUUUUGGUCAUCUUGUUACUUCAACCUUUCUUCUUUGCAAAUUUCGGGUUCCACCCGGGUCUAACCCUGUUAGUUUUCCCGUUAGGAGCCGUUGAAAAGUGUCUUGAGGUAUAUUUUAUGGCUGGUGGCGCUGCUGGAGGUCUGUGACGUCACCAUUCGCCAUCUUGGCCACCAUCUUGGAUUUUAUCAAGAAUUAGAAAUCAGGUAAAACAGUGAGAAUUAAUAAUUUUUUGCGCUUCACUCGAAAAUAACAAAUAAUUACUCUGCAUCAUUUUAUCCACAAGUUGUACUUUUAUUGUUGAAAAAAGUUGAAAACAUGCAUUUUCACUCAAAAAUGGCUUGACCACCUGCUACUUACGACGUCAUAUCUCGUAACCAUAGUAACUGACCAUCAUUAAACUGGUCUCAAUAUGCGCGCGAGGGAUAAGCGAACAACUACAGCGAACUUCAGGUGCUGAUGUUUUAUCGUCUAGAAAAAAGAAUCAGAAAAACCUCUAACCACCCCCACAUAAGUACAACCAUUAACCACAAAGGACCGCAAAGGACCGCAAACGAAUAUGCCUAAGAACGUAGGUUCUAUAAAGAUCUUAUCAGCAAAAAUAACAAGUAGACAUUUUAAAUUCUGCAAUUAGCAGAAUACUGCUAAAAUGUCCCCACAUUGUACGUCCGAGGGCUAAUAAUGCUGUGUUGCGUUUUAACUUGGCGUCAAAGCCUGUGAUUCGCCAAGAAUUUUUAGGCCUAGGCAAACGUCGAAAUUUUCAUGAGACGAACCAAAAACUCUAAUUUGGGUCGACCUAAAUUAAGUUAAGAUCGUCUGUUGGGUCAGAAGUCGAACUUAGGACGCGUCUAACCAAACAAAUGAAUCAGACCCCAAAAGUGAUUUUAAAACUUUUUCUCCCAAGCAAGGCUAAAUAUAAGUUAUCAAAAAGUCAUAAGAAGUUUUAAGAAGAGAGACUAGUGCUAAGCUGGCUUUACUGUACUACACUGUAACGUGACUUUAGCAAGACUUGGGUUCAGACGUCGAAUUUAAUUAAGUCCGUCGAAUGAAAUAGCUAUUGUCGAAAACAAGGAACAAAAUUAAAAAAAACCUCUUUAAUCAACUUUCAGUGCAUUAUUCAAAUGCAUUUAUGAUAUAUGAAUUGAGUUCGGCAAAGCAGUAACACGACGUUUGAAACCAAAUCGUGCAAAGUGCGCGCCGUGCUUAAAUCGAAUUUCAAUCGGCACGGCGGUAACAUGACGUUUGAACCGGGUCAAAUAGUGAAAAAGCAUGUGAUAAAAGAUUUCUGGUCCGAUUUUUUUUACCAGAUAACUUUGGCUGGAGCUUACUUUUCCUAAUUUUUCACUUAAUUGAGGCUUUGAAUGUGUUCUUAAUGCUCUUUUGUUAAGUCAAACUUUCUUUUACUUUGAAGUUCCCAAGCUUUAAGCUAAAUCAGUUUGCCUGGCAAAGCACAACUUUUGUCGAACCAACCUGGAAGCAUUAGCUACUUUGGUCACUGCGUACAUCUUAAUUCAUUAAUUUCUUGAUAUCUUUAUUUCUGACAUUGUUCCGUAGGGUACUUAUACAAAUUAAAAUUCCAAAAUAAACAAUAUGUAAAUAGAGCAAAAACAAUAAAAUUUAUCUGUUUGCCUAAAGCGGACCGAAGCGCAAAAAGAACUGAGCAGAGCUGGAGUAGAGCUGAGCAGAUGGCACAAAAUAUUGAGUUUGCCCGGGAACGCACAAACUGCAUAAUGUAGUACGUUUUAUUGGUUUGAGUAGUCAGGGAAAUACUCACACAGGUAGUCGGAGGAAUAUUCUUUAAUUAGUAAAAAUUUUUACAAUAAAGUCGCGUACUUUUGACGGGCGAGUGUUUAUCACCCUGAGAAAUCACCCAUUUCAUCUCUAGACGCAUUUCCCCCAGUUGUCAACCUAAAUUCUGCCUUCUGUAGCCUUAGACACCUAACACAACAUGUGCAAUAAUUGAACAGAAGCAUCCACAUAUGCUCAAGACUGUAUUGGGACCUGUAUUACAUUCAAAAGCGGAAACAAAUGUACAAUUCGGUUUGCUAUUAAUAGAUGAUUGCAUCUCCUUAUUUCAACUGUUAUUUCAUUUCUAAUAUCAAUAAUAGUAAUAGUAGAAUUAAUUCAAUAAUAAUAAUUGUAAUAACUUAUAUAAUUUAAAUGAAGAUCUGGCUCCGCUAUUGAUUACUGAGCCACAACACUGAUUUCGAAAUAUCAUGCAUGACAUGCGAAAAUUAUUACAUUUUACGUUAUUACAUUACGCGUUAGAAAGGUUAUUACAUUUUGUGCGGAAAAUUUUAUUACAUUUUGCGGAGUAACACAUGACAACUGCAGAGACAAAUCCCCUGCGUUGCUUGGAUUCCUUCAGAGCUAUUUAGAAAAUAAAGUUUAUCAUUUUAAUUCAAUUAAUAAUGAUUAACAAAACAACUGUAACACAUCUAGAUGUCAGUCAUCUCUACUACCCUUACAGGCCUACGUACGAAUAAUUUUUGAUAAAAAAAAGGUUUCCAACAGCUCGUGCAUUAAAUAGAGCAGACGCUAAAGAGUAUGACUGUUUCGUAAAGUAGGUUAAGAAAGCGAAAAAGCCGGGGGGUGACACAUUAACCGCAGAUGAAAAUCUCGAAGUCUUGUUGUUUUAUUUCGUUCCACGUAACUCGAUCGGACGAAUGACAUAGCAGGAAUAAUCGCCAGUGUGUGCAGGGUAACACCGCCCUCUUUCGAUUAAAUGAAAAAAAAUAUAUAUUGAUUUUAUUGGAAAGAGCGCCGCAACGCUCUGACUUCUCGGUGAAUGGCUUAUUUGAGCGCAGCGCAAAAUAUUCUAGCGAGUUAUCACCGUUGUCAUCGCAUUUAAAGGCUUUACUACAUUUACCUACUUUUCGAUCAGGUCAAUUUGUUACAUUUGAGGGCUUCGCAGUCUCAACUUAAACUUACCCCUGCCUCUAAGGUAACAUUUUGGGUUAAUAUGUAGAUGGAAAAUGUUUUUAAGUGUGCUCUAAAUAAAGUUUUCUCGGUAAGGUCAGUAGCCACAGACUUCUUUCCACACAACUUUCAUAUAGCUAUGAUUACUUAUCGUAGACGUUAUAGGAUACUAUGACCUUAUACGUAGGAUAAAUGAGGAAACUCAACGAGUGUCUUUUCUAUAGAUACAGACCUGAGAGUCUAAUGAAAGCUUUAGCAACUAGUUUUGCCCUGAAAGGUUUUGUCCAGAAUAACUAUACUGUAUUGUGUUGCUUUUUCAAGGCUUUAUUGAGAAAAAGGAAGGUAACUAUGAGAAAAUUCCACAAAGAUAUUCUUCAAACGCACUUCCAGGACCUCGUGGAAGAUGUAAAUCCAGACCCAGUGAUGAGGUAUUUGUUUACAAAGGGUAUCAUCAGUAAAGAGGACAUGGAGGCAAUACGUUCAAAGGGCACAAGUAUUGAAAAGAAUGAGGAUUUACUACUUCGACUGAUGAAAAAAGGCCUUGAUGCUUUUAAAAUGUUUGUCGAAGGACUGCAGAAAGAUCAAUCUUCUUUAGCCGAGACACUUAAAGACGAGGGUAAUGAGUCUAUUUUUGUUAUAUUGCUGGAAUUUUUUUUCCAACAGCGCGCGCCCUCGUUGGAUACUUAAUUCGAGGUCACAAGACAUCUAACAAUGAAACUGUUUUUCCGCCAAAGUCUUUGAGAGGGCAACACUGCAAAAUCUAUGACGUCAGAGGGUAACAGUACCCGCGAAUGUUGACCGCAAUAGUCCGGGAGCUGGGGGACGCUUUGCUUAAACCAGUAGACAAAAAAGGUUUGAAGAUUGAUUUCGAUAGAUUGAGGCACCCUCUUUUUGGCCAGGUGGUUCGUGGUUUCAAAUUCUGGUAUCUCUUGGUUAUACUGAGCUAUGUUUUUAAAAGUCGACGACAGUGAAAAUGAAUUUGACAUGAAAGCGAGGCUGAAAGAUGAAACUAAAUAAAUUCUAGAGACGCACUCCACAAGAAAACCAGCAUGCUCAUAUAUCUUCUAAGACAGUUUUCCAAGAUACCUUUUAACGAAAGCACCGCCGUUUUAAUAGAAAGCGACAUGAUAAUUACUGUCUUCUUCUGAGGUGUAUCACAGUAUCUUUGUUCAAGGGUGAUAGAAUCUUCAAAGUUUUUUAUACAUUAUGCAGAGCGUUUUUCGUGUUUAACAAUCCAUUUUCAUACAAAAAAGACUAAUUUCUUUCAAAUUGUUGUAUUUUUUACUAAAAAUUCCAGGGCUAAGCUGAUAUAUAUUCAUUUUUAUUCAGUCUCGAUUUCAGGGUAAGGGAAAAGGGGCUGUUGGUACGAGAUUAAGGGAAGAUAACAGCCACCUUUCAAGCCAAAUUUUUUACAAUACCACUGAAACUAUGUAAAGUAUUAUCUGAUACUGCAUUUACGUCGUAAACAUCUCAUCUGAGCAUUACAUAUGACAGAUUCCUUGUCAGAAAAAAAAAAACACUACGCUCUCCUACGAGUCACUUGACGCAUUCAUCGUCCCCCAUGCAGAGGCAGCUGGCCUAAAUGACGCUAAAAGCAACGUUUUUGUAAGAGCAAUUGGCUCGUCACAGAAAUUUAUCACCGCAUUCUAAACUGGUAAAAACAGCCUUUUGGACAUCAGAUCGGGUAGAAGCUGAUUUUCCUUUACCAUUUUCCAUCCAUGGCCGACAGGUGACUGUAAGUCUUGAGAAGCUUCUAAAGUUCCAAGACUUAAUGUGGAGAAGAAGACUUUCCGAUGUUUGCGGCGGAGAUUCGUUUUUGUUUUUUGGUGGCAAAACGUGGUAUGGCGCUGUUCGAUCAUCAGCACUAACUUAGACUGGGAAACAAGUUGCAGAUAAAGGCACCUGUUUCAUUUGCCGUCCUAGUUCGGGCCUAUCCGAGGGUAUCAAUUGGGUUAACCGUCAGCCGUUUAGAAAGAUUAUUUUUAACGUCACUCGUCAAAAUUCCAGAUCAAUAUUAACCGUAAAAAGUUUCAAGGUAUUUUCAGCUGAUAUUCAUGGACUUCUGGCCACUGAGGGAAUCUCUAAACUGGAAAACUAGUCGCCGUGUUAUGAAACAAAAUGUCUCUAGUUUCUAGAGAUUUCUUAAGAACUUGCUUAUAUCGGAAAUUAUUUAGUUUGAAGUGAACUGCUAAGACAAGCUCCAAAGUACUACAAUUAAUAUUUAAUUUAUACGCAACUUAAGGAAAUUCACCAAUUUGUUUCUAACUAGCCUUUUUACAUGGAAAAAUCGUCAAUCUCGUAAGAACGAGAUAUAAUAUUUAAUAUUUACUUACACUUUUCGAUUUCCACUUAAUAACCGUCAACUGUCAAAAAAUUCUUAAACUUAACCGUCAAUCGUCAAAAUUGAAAAAAAAAAAAAUUAACCGUCAAAGCUAUCAUCCCAUUGAGACCCUCCUAUCUAUUCUAAGAUUUCCUGGUUUCAAAUUUCAGAGCAGGAGCUCAUGGAGUCGCACCCAGUAGUAAAAGACAUGGCUUGCCUUACACAGCUGUAUUCCAAGACCGGCAGCGAUUUUGUGUACUGGAAUGUGCCUCAUUGUAUCUUUAAUUCCGGCACUGAACCACCAUUCUUACAACUGAAUGUCUUUCCUAGACGCCCCUCUCUAAUAAACAUCCCCCUGUCUAAUAAUAGACUCCUUCUAUCUGAAAAUUACUCCAAACUAGUAGGGAUUAGCAAAAAGGAACAAAAUCAUUCAAUUCAUUCAGUUUCUAGCUUGAUUAACAAGGUUUGGUGUAUUUCUUCUUGCUCAAUGUCAAGUUAAAGUAAGGAUAGACUAACAAAGGCAACACAAUAACUCUGAGGAUCCCUGAGCGAAGAUUCUGACAUCGACGUUGGGUUUUUAAAGAGCAAUAUAUGGAUCCCUAGACGACCUAAAGGUCGAUAAAGAUAUUAAUUGAUGGAGUGGAUAUUCCGCUAUUUUUAGACUCUCUUGAUAUCUUUGCCGAAAGUAUUCCGUUGUGUUGAGCUUGUUACAGUAAUGAGAAUUAAACGCCACAACUUGGACCCCUAAAAUUAAAUAGCCACCCUUCAUGGCGUUUAUUAGGUCAUUUAUGUCGGUAUCAAGUGACCAGAUGAUUACUCUUGCACCGUCCUAUGACGCAUUUUUGGCGUGUGAUAGGAGUAGUUUGUCAGCUUCGUCAUGAUCUGCAUGCCAAAAAUGGUACGAAGGUUUCAUAACAUAUUUGCUUGUAUAUGAGAAAAUACGAAAGGAAUGCAACAACGUAAACUUUCUUGAAGUUUGAGAAGUUCAGUCUUGGCAAGUCGUUUAGAAACGUUGUCUCGGUGAGUUUAUAAUUUUGAUCUAAAAUUGGCGAUGGAAGAUUUUCAAGCUUUAUUAUCUGCGUAACAGACGAUCCAUUUAAAAAAAAGGUGUAAAAGGGAAAUAAGUAGCACCCUUGCUUUCACUGUCUUUAUCGGUUUUAUAAGACUAAAAAUAAUAACAAAAUCUUUUCUUAAUUAUUAGAAAACGGAUUCAAAAAUAAGACUGACUUUAGUGAAACAUCAAGAAGUACAAUUCAACCUUUACACCUUUCUGCUUUUAAGUACAUCCCUCGUCGACGGUUUAUGUCUUUUGUUUUCAUGGUGACGGUUUAAGCUUAACAUGCCUUUGGAUCUUUUAUCUCCUGGAGGUUUAUUUAUGAACACACUUUUGAUCUGAUUUGGUGGGAGAUUAUUACCAGUCACUGACUGGACACUGUUGUUUGUGAGUAGAUGUUUCAAACAAACGUCUGUAUAACAAUCACACAUGCACGUAGAAAUGUCGCAACUCAGUUCAACGACUGUUGAUGAUCAGCUUCUACCCAUUCUGAUGUCCAAAAGGCUGUUCUUACAAGUUGGCAAUACGGCGAUAAAUUUCUGUGUCGAGCCAAUUGCCCUAUUUAGGAUUUUGACCAAUCAGAGCGUAACAAUGAUAAACUUUACAAUAUUCAAAAAGAUAUCCUAAAUAGGUCUAGAUAGCAGCAACAAUAUAGAUAGCCGCAUAAACAUAACAACUUUCUUUAAUUUACCAGACAUGUUUCGAUGGUACAUCAAGUCAUCUUUAGUGUUUCAUAUUUUGAAAUCGCCGUUGAAUUUAAAUCGCGCGCGAUCUUACAAAGUUCGUUACAUUGCGUUGGCAAUAUUGCGUACUGGAAACUUUAAAAUUAGUGACGCUUAGCUACUUACAGGAAGAGAGUCAGGUUUAUGUGUUUCACCUGCUGCUUGAGGUCGGGUUUCUCCCAGUUUAUGAAUAUACAUUCUUUGAGCUUUACCCGGUAUUUAGGUUAAAAUAUAUUUCUAAAUAUAUUCAGACAGUAGCCAAGGGAGAGAAAACACAACCUCACUCAGGAGUCGAGCCCCUGGAAACACCUAAGUUCUAUUUUAAAAUCCCUUACGUUGGGCAUUUCUCAGUCACGUCACAGAGAAGUGUUCGCAAACUUGCUAAUCAGUUAUGUAAACCUAUUGAUAUAAGGCUUGUCUUUACUACUUUCAAAAUCGAGAAUCUUUUUAAUGUAAAAGAUGUUGUCCCUGAGGGGCUUCGCACCCGUGUGGUUUAUAAAUUUUCGUGUGCAAGUUGUAAUGCUUGUUAUGUUGGUGAAACCAGGCGACAUUUCUCCACACGAGUGCGUGAGCACUUACUUUCCGACAGGUCUUCGAACGUGUUUAGACAUCUGCAGAGUUCAGAGUCUUGCCGAACAUCCUGCUCAUCCUUCAUCUGGACUGCUUCCAGACCCUGGACUCUGCAGCUACUAAAUACAAAGUGAAGCUCAAAGAAUCUAUGUUAACGCGUUCCAAACUAAAAUGUGGUGUUCCAAUUUGGUAAAAUUCAGAGCAAAUACUGAGAAUCACCUCAAAAAUGGCUGCCUUUUCCACUUAAAAUAGAAGCCUGUCUCGAAGAAGAGUUUUUUUACGUUGCAGGUUUUAAAGUUCCCUUAGAAAUGAGUGCUAAAUUGGCUGGAAGUUAAAGCUAGAACUUUCACGGAAUUUCAUGUUUGCCACUUAAUUCCAAAGGCUAUUUUUGCAGUUUACUCUUAAAGUUAAACUGGUGGUAAAAACUCACAGCAAACGCCUCCCUGUUUGUAAGGAAUCAUAAAAUUCUUCCGAGCAAUCUCCUAUUCUUUAUUUCAAAUUUAAGCAACUAAAGGAUUUUCGAAAUUUCUUGUCCCGAGAGGUUCCCCAUAGAAAACGGGCGAGGAUUCUAACUUUCUGAUCGCCAAGGAAAACAGGCGAAAAUUCAUAAAUUCAGAAUUUCUGACCCCCCAAACAACACAGGAGAGGAUUCAGAAUUUCCGAUCCCCCAAGAACACAGGAGAGUAUUCAGAAUUCCUGACCCCCAGACAACACAGGAGAUGAUUCAGAAUUUCUGAUCCCCCAAAUAAUACAGGAGAGGAUUCAGGGGCCAGGGAAUUUUCCCCGGCUGUAACUUAUGAAUGUGCCCCCGACUAGUUGCAUACUAGGAAAAGAGAAGAAAAAUAGAACAAAAAGAAAUCCCUAGCUGUUUGAUUCCCUGCCUACUUGUUGUAUUUACCCAGCAACUUGAAAUCUUAGUGACAUCCCUGCCUACAUGUUAAGACAACACUUAAAUAUAGUGUAAAGUAGCUUAUAUCUAGUCAUGAUUGGAAAAAAUAAAAAGCAUACCCUGUUGGUUGAAUCUCUAUAUAAUGUUUGUUUAUAAUCCAAAAAUGACAAGAUCAGCUGAAAUAUUCUCCUUUUUGUGAUAUGUUUAAGUCUGUUAGUCAACAUACACAUCAUCUCAUACAAAAUUGUAACAUUUGGAUUUUAAUUAUUGUAAUAAUUGAUAUUAAAUGACAUAGUGGCCACUUUACAAUUUCUACUUAUUAAGGUAUACCAAGUUACAAAAAAAGCAAUUUAGCACUCAAUUUCAGCGAAAAGACAAAAUAAGUAAGCAUCUUUAAAUAAUACAAUCAUGCAUAUGAAAAAAAAAAUGAAAUGACUGCUUCUUUCAAAGUCCCCGAAUAGCUUUCUGAACUAAAGGUCCACACAUCAGGCUAGUGCUGCCUUUUAUUUUUGAUCUUAUUGCAGCGAUGUACCUUAUGUGGGCCAUUCCAUUUUAUAUCCACCCCUCCCCCCAUCGAUGAGAUCUUCUGAAGGGGGUGCUUGUAAGAUUUUUUGAAGGGGUCAAUACUAGGAGAAACGUUUUUCUCAAGGGGGUUGUUGUCCGUAAUGUCAAUUCCUGAAGGGUGCAAGUGCCAAGAAUACAUUUUUGAAGGGAUAAAGGAAGAGCUACAUCAUCAAUACAGGCAUGGUGAAUACAGUGAAGAGCACUGUAAAACUUCUUUCCUGAAGGGGAAAAAUAAAAUCGCCAUAUUUUCUGAAGGGGACAGAACAAAAAUAAUACUAUUUCUGUGGGUAUCUAAGAAUAAAUGUUAAUUUCUGAAGGGGGUAACCCCAGAAAUAAUUUUCUGAAGGGGUCAAGCAAAAGAAAAAAAAAAAGAAACCCUCAUGCUGCAUUCAAAUGUUAUAGUUUAGUUCAACUCUCAAGUCAAUAUAAAUUAACUGGCAAAUUUAACGGGAACUUAUGCUCUUCUCCUAUUUCAAGCAUAUUUACAUUGGUCUGCCACAACCUUGAAGCGCCAGAACAUAUAUACAACUUCCAGAGUAUUCCAUUGACGAUAUGCAACAAAGAGUACAGUUAUUUCUGCAGUAAACAAAAAGGAAUCAGUCAAUGGCAUAUCUGUGCAUGCAUCUUAAAUUAGAUAGAUAGAUAGUUUAAUAACCACAUACCUUGCAACCCGAAGGCAGAAUUGCGUAUUUACAAAUGAUUGAACUGAUAAAAUGUGUAUAUAAAAUUAUAAGUACAGUAAAUAUAAAAGUAUAAAAAAAUAUGACUAGUAAUAGUUGACACUACAGCUGCCCCAGUUCUAUAUAUUGUCGGUCAAUAGUAUUCUUGCUCGUUGUGUAGUCUUUGAAAUAUACCAAUUCACAAUGAAGAUUUUCACACAUAUUCCAUACAAUAGGAGAGGUAAAUACAGGAAACGCAAGAUGUGCGUUUCUGCUCGAUUUACACAGCUUUGAUCAAAACAUUCUCAGUUUCGAGAAUAGUUUAUUCGCUAUUUCUAUUUCACUUUUUACAUUCAGUUCAUUUUAUUUGCCGGAAAGUGAGCCUUCACGCUUAUUUGAAACUUUAUAACGGAAGGACAUCUGUGAGCAGGGAAUAAGUCAGCACAGAAUUUGAUUGUCGGCGAAUUUCUGUAAUCGUCCAUCGUUCUGAUAGUGAUAAGUUAGCCGUUGUUCACUCGUCUUGCUUGUUUGGGGCUGAGUCUUAAUCCGGUCAAAGAGAGAAAGAGUGUCUGGCAAGGUUUACAAUAUAAAUCAAAUAUUUGUGAACUCGUGUCUGGCAAACUCUCCAAGUAUUUCUAUAUACACAGUUAAACGCACCUUAUAACCUCAUCUGCGCUUAACGAGUGUCUUUUGGUCCUUAACCUUCAAAACAACUGCUCCACAGAAUGUCACUGCGUAACGCAAUAGAGUAUCGAAGUAUAACUGCACAAUAAAUGUCACAAAAUCUACCUGAGCGGUCCCUUCGGGAUUUUCUGUCUUUACGUCAUCCUAACCAUUUCGUACUUGCGGGCGUAAACAAUAGAAACGUCAUCAUUACCUACCGAUUCCUCACGGCCCCUGUUCAAGCAAAUCGAGAUUUUUUCUAUAUUGACUUUAUGACUGUAUAUUUCAACUGUAAGUACUUUCCUUAAUAUACGCCCGAGUUACUAGAGUGCCUCCUCGAGAUUUCGCCUACGCUAUUAAGUUAUUAGAAAACCAAACGAACCACAGUAUCCAGAACAUACCUUUCUGCAAGAAUCCGGCUGAGUUACUGGUAGUCUUUACACUAGCGCCUAAAUAAUAUAACAUUUCAAGACAAGUAAAUUUUAGUUACUUCAAGUAAAAUAAAGCUUCACACACAACCGAUUCUUUUUUACUUCAGGUUAACUUAAGGCCAUUUUCCCACGUAACAUAAUUAAGAUUGAUUGACAUGUUUUGCUUUCCUCAAAGCUCAAGAAACCGCAAGUAACCGCAAGUCAGCUAAGUCGGUCAUAAGGAUGGUUUUCAAGUCGCUUGAAACUUUCUUGAGUCGUUUCAACUUUCCGACUUUAAUGAGAUGCUAAGUAAAGUUACUUGAGAUUUUACUUAGGCCUUCACACAGUAAUUUUUGGCUAAGUAAAACUUAGCCUAGUGUAAAGACAACCACUGACUUGGAAACAUGCUUUAUGUGAACACAAACUUCGCAGUUGGCUACUUUGCCUCGAAAAUAACAUAGAUAAUAGAAAGACAGUCUUCCUAUUAUCCUAAAAUAACGAAAAUACUCUGUUACUUGUGAAGUCUGCGUGAAUUUGAACUAUUUAACGGAAGGUCAUUUUACACUUUUCUAUUGGUUCAGAACCUGCACGUGACAAAAUAAAUCAAAUUGCGCACGUGCAACAUGCACGCGAAAGCCUGGGAAACACGGUGGUUAUAAUCUUCGGAGAUCUUGCGAUGCACAACGCACACCCGUUUAGGUCAUUUUAAGCGUUGAUCUGAAUAUUCCGACGACUUUAAAAGCAAGUGGAAAACUUAACGUUGUGACGAAGAACGUGUUGUGGACGUUGUUCAUGUUGGACAAGCUCAGGUACGGAAAAUUGAUUGAACCAAAGACACCUUGAACACACCAAGACCAUACCGGCUUAUUGCUUCAAGGAAUCAUUCAUUAGUUGAACGAACUGAGUCAAAAGGAAACUCAAAAGCAUGCAAAGCAAGGAACUGUUCGCAUGUUCAAGUGGACUUUCGACCUUACAACGAGAAACACAUUACAGUAAGAAACAAAACACUCAUACAAAGCUAUACAAUGUAGUUACAUAUGUCUGGGAUCGACAAAGGAUUGCUUAUAUUAGGUUAAUUUGGAUAGCAAAGUAAGUUUUCUGAUUGAAUAACAAAAUUAAGGUCGUUUUGUCCUCAAUGAAGAUCCUGCUGAAAAAAUAUAUGGUCUUUAAAGUGGCUUGGGGGGUCAGAAAUUCUGAAUACUUUGACAAGCAUGAACAGAUAGCCAUUUUUGUCCCUUGCCGUGAUGGGGGAUCAGAAAUUCUGAGUCCUUGUGGAAUUAAAAGUAGACAGCUGGUUCUAUCUUGUAGCUGUUCCCUGAUCCUGGGAAUCAGAAAUUCUGAAUACUUUUAUAACCACGAACAGAAAGCCGUUUUUGUCUUUUGCCAUGAUGGGGGAUCAGAAAUUCUGAAUCCUUGUGGAAAUAAAAGUAGAUUUCUGUUUUGUUCUGUUAAGCUAUGGGCCGGGGGAUCAGAAAUUCUGAAUACUUUGACAACCAUGAACAGAUAGAUAGCCGUGUUUGUCCCUUGCCGUGAUGGGGGAUCAGAAAUUCUGAAUCCUUUUGGAAUUAAAAGUAGACAGCUGGUUCUCUCUUGUAGCUGUUCUCUGAUCCUGGGGAUCAGAAAUUCUGAAUACUUUUAUAACUAUGAACAGAUAACCGUUUUUGUCCCUUGCCAUGAUGGGGGAUCACAAAUUCUGAAUCCUUGUGGAAUUAAAAAUAGAGUACUGUUUUGUUCUGUUAAGCUAUGGGCCGGGGGAUCAGAAAUUCUGAAUCUCUCCAAGAAAGAAAGCGCAAACACUAAAGAUGACGGGUGUACCGUCGAAACAUGUCUGGUAAAUUAAAGAAAGUUGUUAUGUUUAUGCGGCUAUAUCCUAAAUAAAAUACACGGUCUACUAAAAAACUACAACUAAUUAAAAAAUACUAUCCACUAAAACUACCGCAAAAAUCAUACUUAAAUACUAAUUUUUUAAAAAUGUCUGCAUCCUUGCAUCAACACUAAAAUCAUCUUAAGAGUAAACAUUUUUAAGAAAAGGGGUUUUUGUCCCUCGAACACAUGUGUGGACUGAUCUUAAAAUUUCAAAUGAAAUUUGGCAUGUUUUUCGUGUCGGUGCAAGAACUAUCCGGUAUAGUGUGAAAAAUAACCUAGUAAGUAAUAGAAUCCGUAUGUAAUUUUCCCCGUCAGAAAGAAAGCUGAUAAAAAAGACGCAGGACAUAACUUUCAACAGUCCCAGCACAAGUCAUGUGAAGAGCACUUCUGCAUCAGAAUUUGGGGAAGAAAGUAGCUUUCAAGGUAAGAAACACCAACGAUUCUAUUUCAUGUAAAUUUUCGCCGGGUUUUGUCUCUCACGUAUUUAAGCUAGCUUUCUAUCGCAGCGAAAGUGCAGGCACUCAUUGUUGAACGUAUUUAGAGAUUUUCUACAACCGGACAAACAUCUUAGCAGAAGCUCCUACGAAAAUCGUGCGUCAGUCGUUGAUUUUUCCCGACAAAUUUUUGUUUGUAACCUGACACGCACAAGUUGGUGGAAAUUGGGCGUUUCUUAUAAAAUGUCGUUCUUGAGAGAAGUAAGCAAAAGGGUUAAGGUUGUGACCAAAUUUGAAAUAAACAAUUGAUUUCUUUCCAGAAACAAAUGCUAGUCGAACCGAUCAGAUCGGUAUGGAUGGCAAAUACCGGGACAUUUUGCGCCGUACCUGGUCCACACUAAGAGAGGACCUUGAACCUAUACCAGGGCUAAAAGCGAAGCUCUCGGUAUUAAAAGUUUGCUCAAAUAAAAUGUAAAAUCGUGUUAUGCUAAGCGGCGAAGGCAACGCCGGAGAACGGUGAAAAACAACAAUAGGUCUAAUUAGCAAAAAAGCAACUUUCACGUACAACACAAUUUUUUGUGCAUUUCUUUGCCCUUGUUUUGCACGCCUACAACGUGAAACUUCCAGAAACUUCUUAGACGUUACACGUUGUUUGGAGGAAAUGUCGUACGUGCUCUCGUUCACUUUUUUUCACUCCCCCUUUUUUUCACCUUGCAUUGGUGCCCGCUAGCAUUUCUCAUUUUGUCACCGCCGCUACAAAAUUUUCAUGUUGUCCUUCCUUUCGCUCUAGAUCUCUGUCGCCCUUUUUCUCGUUAAGCUUUGCUGACCUGCCGCCUACUUUCUCUUGCCCUAUAUUCCAAAUUUGUGGACAUGACAAUUAAUCUAAGCUUAAUACUUUAGACAACAUGGAUACAGAAACAAUUUCCUUUUCCGGUUUCUUUAUUGAGCUUUAGUUGUCUCUGCUUUACAAGACGCGGGUGGCUGUGCGAUUUUCCCCCAAAAUAAUCUCGAGUUUCAAUGGGGUUGCCACACCUGUUGAUUGAGUUAUUCUACAUUGGUAUGCCUGUGGUGCGGACGGACGGUCGGUGGUCGGCGGUUGGUGUACGGUCACGUGAUUGCCAAAUUUUCUGGAUGGGUGGAUUUACUUACCCAUAGUGCUCCGCUGGCGCGCUUCGCGCGUGCGAAAGCUCCGCUGUUACCAUAUUUACUUCGGCGGAGCGCGAAGUAAAGGAUUCGCGACGCUCAGGAAUGUAUCAAAGUUGCAAUUUUUUGACAAGAUUGGGCAAGCAAAGUCUGUAGGUUUUCGGCUCUAUUCGGCUAUUUGACGAAGUGAGAGCCGAAUUAGUUCGAGAUAUCUAGAGAUCACUUCGAUUUCUUUGAUUUAUUCUUUAACUUUUUCGAGGAAGAAAGAAUUACUAUUUUGGCCUUCCCGGGGUUUGAACCGACUCAAAUGUGUGACCCGUCAGGUCAGAGGAGACUCUAAGUUGAGGGAUUAGCCAAUUGCGCUACUGCGACCCAAGGUAGUUUGGGAUAUCAAAAAUAGUUAUGAAAUGAUGCACUAGUUUCGGGACAAGAUUGGGCGUGCAAGUUCGUGACUUUUCGGCUUGUUUCAACUAUUUCACGAAAUGAGAUCGGACUACUUCGUGAUAUCUUGAGAUCACUUCGAGUUUAGUCUUUAAUUACUCGAGGAAUAAAUAGAGGAUAUUUCGUGGCCGCGCAGAGACACGAAAUUUCUCUUCGAGUGUUGAAAAACAUUUCACGAGUGAGCCUUCCUUUCGAACUGUUUUAUGAUGAAGUUACAAAAUGCAGCACAAAUACAUUUUGUCUUUGUUGAGUGUUACGUAGUAAAAUUGCUUUCAUACGUUCCGUGACUUUCUCGAACGUUCUCUGCGUUUUUGGAUUAGCCAUGAAUAAUUAAUUAGGGCGUGUUUACAUUUCAGCAUGAGUCAGCAGAUUUGCAUCAGUUACUGAAAUCAUAAAAUAUGUCGAAAAGCUACUACUAUUCGCCUGUUUAGUAUUUUCUAGAACCUUAUGUCAAACGGUAUACAAGUUCCAAGCGAGUUCUUUUGACGAACUAAGUUUUUUCCCUCGAGCUGGACUGCUGUGUUUAGUCAAGUGUGACGAAGGUCGAUUAUUCAGGUUCUGUGUUUACAAUGCAAGUUCGCGGAAGCCGUAAGAUAUCUGAAGUUCAAGUGAGAGUUUGUUAUUAUUGGUAGAGGCUGUUUAGUUUUACUCAAAGUUCAAGUCGAGUUUGUGUUGGCGGAUGCUGUGUUUUAAAGCUCUGUAAAGGCUAUGUUCCUUUGGUGUUAAACUUCCUUGUGUUAAUCCGACAUCCCUACGUGCUGAUAGUCAGUGAAUAAUUAUCCUCAAAACAUUCGAACUCGUGACUUUGAGUUUUAGCCAAUUCCAUGCUCAACGUAAUUGACUCCUUACCCAUGUCUUACAUAACUUUAAUCAGUACAUGAGACUGCUAUGCCGUUUUUGAAGCCUGAUGUGACUAAGAAAAAUAGAGAAUUAUUUUUUAGAAGGAUUUGUAUGGAGUCAUCAGAGGAUAACUGGGCUAAUAUCGCGGAGACAAUUUGUCCUGAAAUGCUAGUUUUUGGCAAGUAGGCCUCUUGGAUGUUGCUCUUUUCAGAAUAUCCUGACAAAUCCCAUAAUUUCACACCUUACUCUUACCAUAUUUGAUUUCUUACUAUUCCUCCGCAUUUACAAUUAAUUAGUUCCACAACCACGACGCCGAAGUGUACGCUAGCUCCGUAGCGUCUUGUUAGUACAUGUGUUGGACCCCACAGACAACGGAGAAAUUAAAUCGAGCUUGGAAAAAACGCGAGAAAAUGCGGUUGAUAAGCUCUUGGCGAUUCUGCCCAGGAAAGGGCAGAGGGCUUUGAUGUCUUUGUGGAAGCUUUACAAAAUGUGAAGCCUCUUUUAAGUUUUCAUUUAGGUGAGCGAUUAAAUAUAUUAAUUAUUCAUUCAAAAUAUUUUCCUGAUUCUGAUUGGCUAAAAGCACAUACAUAAUUCACCACAACCAGCUACUGCUGACCAAAUUUGGAAGAAUUUUGCGAUUAAUCAACCAAUGACGUCAAAAGUACACCUUCCUUGCAGGUUAAUGCACCGUUAACAGAGAAGACCUGGGAACGAGGUUGAGUUGUUUUAAGUGUGAAAACAAAAAUGGCGGACAUUUCACUCGUUUCAAGAGUAAAAACUAGGCGAAAUAAGUAUAGGUAAUCACAUGAUUUCGAGUGCAAUUUGGAAUAAAUAAGCACGAGUAAAUUUUUCAAAGACUAACAAAAGUGCACGAGCCCGUAAACUUAUUAAUAAUAUACACGAAAAACAUAACCACAACAACAAAUUUUGACAGCGCGCGUUUUUAGUUCAUUCAACUGAUUGGCUGAAACAGACUACUACCUUUGUCAAAUUCAAACUUUUUCAAGGCCAACGCUUUCAAAAUCAUUCAGCUGAGAACUUGGAAAUGUGCAAGGAUUGACUUUGUAUGGUCACCAGGCCCCGAUUGUUCAAACGUUGGAUAGCGCUAUCCACCGGAUAAAUCACUAUCCAGCGGAUAAGUAUUACGGAAAUCAAUUACGCUAUCUGCUGGAUAGUGAUUUAUCCGGUGGAUAUCUCUAUCCAACUUUUGAACAACCUGGGCCAGCCUGUUAAAGAUAACUCGGUUUACAAUAAUCAGCAAAAGUAAGUAUUUUAAAUUCAUCCUCGAUUAUGAGAGCUCGACGUUUACAAGAAGUAUUUAGAAGAAGUAUACUGCCGUUUUGAAAUCAUCUUUGGCUUCGAACAGCCAAAGAUGAAAGACACUUGCUAAGGUUUUUUUAACGAAUGUUCAUCAUUGUCUGUUCCUGAGACCACACCAUAGCUGAAUUCAUGGAGAAAUUUUUUAGAUUUUCUUCCGACGCUGCCAUCAGUGGGUGAGUGGAGCCACAGUUGUUGUGAUGUGGGAAACUGCCAGAAUUAAUAUAAUAUUUGCUUUUACUCAGCACUGGGGUUUUCAUUAUUUCAUUUAGCUACUGCAACACUCGUAGCUCUUCUUCGUCGGCUUCAUUGUAGUCGUUAAGGAAAUUUAUACCUCUGUGGCCUGUGACAUUGGCAAUAUGUUCUGAACAUACAAUCUUUGCUUUCUUCAGCUUCCUGACUGUUGUUUUUCUCGCACAAUGAUUCGCAGACUUUUUUCUCACUUUCUUUAAGGCUAGUACCAGCUACGGAUACUUUCAUUAUGUUAGUUAUGACAUUUUCGCCCGUUGGUUUAGUUUGAACCAGAUGUUUAAAUUUUCGGUUUCGUUUGGUCGCAUGGAUGUUUUAAUAGAGGUCUUCGCUCCACAAAAGACUCAAAGAGAGCAACCGGACACCUUUCUUCUCCAACAAAUAACGUACGUGACUUGAAAUCUCCAUUGUUAUCAUGGAAAACUUGUAUCCUUGGUCAUUUAAAUGCCUGAAAAGUGUAGCUGUCAUGGUCUGCGCUUGGUUGCCACCGUUUUUGUUCUUUAUUUUGUUACUUUAGCGUAGUCUGUUAUGAGUAGCUUGUUUUUUAGUUUCUCUGGCUCAUUUUCCUCGAUUUUGUUGACAGUAUUUUUCUCUUAUCACCGCAUUUUCAAUACAUUUAGCCUGAAAGACGUACUUUUUACUGUGUUCGGGUUUUUGGAAUAUUUUGUUAACUUUUCUAUUGUUGUUUUGCGUACAAAAUUAAAUCCCGUCGCCGUCUGCUGAAGACCAUGGCCAUUUUCUUAAAUUUUGUUGUUAAAACAACUCUAAUCUGAUUGGUUCUUGGUGGUUUCUUUUGUGUUUUCAGCCAAUCAGAAACCAUUUGUAAUUUGCACUCGUGUUACAAGUUUUGCAGUCGUAUUACAGAAGAGCUCAACCAGGGUUUACCAGGGUGCAAGCCUGGUUGAACCAACCAGACUUUUCUGGUUUUCAAACCAGGCUUACCAGACUUUACCGAAUGUGCAAAAAGCCUGGUUAACCAGGGUAUUCCUGGUAAGCCUGGUUAUCCUUAGAACCAGGAAAACCAGACUUUAACCAGGCUCUUAAAGUUUUAAAUGAACCAGGCUUACCAGACCUUACCAUAUGUGCAAAAAGCCUGGUUAAUCAGGGUAUUCCUUGUAAGUCUGGUAAGCCUGGUUAUUCUAAGAACCAGGAAAACCAGACUUAAACCAGGCUCGUGAAAUUCUGAAUGAACCACGCUUACCAGGCUUGAACAAAAUGUGCAAAAAGCCCCUGGUAAGUCUGGUAAGCCUGGUUAGUCUAAGAACCACGAAAACCAGAAUUAAACCAGGCUCGUGAAAUUCUGAAUGUGCCACACUUACCAGGCUUAAACCAUAUGUGCCAAAAGGCUGGUUAACCAGGGUAUUCCUGGUUAGCUUGGCAAGACUGGUAAACCAGGCUUUACCAGGCUUUUAAAGUAAGUCAAUAAACCAGGUUAUCCUGGUAUACCAGGGUUUUUCUGGCAAGUCUGGUUUCUCAUUCAAUAACCAGAAAAACCAGGCUAAACCUGGCUCUUGAAGAACUGUCAAUUAACAAGGGUUUAACCAGGCUUGAACCAAUUGAGAAAAAUUAGUCUGGUUAAACAGGGUAUUCUUGACAAAUCUAUCUGGUAAAUCCUGGUUCUCAGAAUAUCUUUGAGAAACAAGCUAUACCAGCCUUAAAUGCAAUAUAAAGAAAGCCCGGUUAUCUGCGGUAUUCGUGUUUAUCCUUUGAAAAAAUCAGGCUUUAGUAUGGUGCACUACAGUGUAAAUCAGGCCAUUAUGACAAAAAAAGUGUCAUUAAUAUACAAAAUUCUAUGUUUACGAAGUGUGACAUCAACAAUACAUACAAGUCAUCUGGAAUACAUGUACAUACAAGUGGUACUGUAUCUCCUAUUCAGGCUACAAUCAGGAUUUCACCAUUGAAAUUUCAAGGGUUUCAUCCUACAUGUAUUUAGUUUGGAUAAGCUUCAAUGAAAUGAAAAAAGCUUAUUUUCAAGAUCAAUGCAGAUGUUUAUUUUAGCUACAGUAAUAGCAAAUGAGCAGUAACAAAUCAUCUAAGUGUAAACUAAAGAUGUGUUACAAAACAAAAAAAAAUUAAAUCUUACCUUUGGCCACUGCUGUUGCUUCAGCCAUCCUAUCCAUCUUGUAAGUACAAUAAUUGAAAUGCAGCAACAUCUAAACAAAGUAAACAACAGAAUACAUGUCAAGAUUACAUGUACAGUAUUUGAUCCAUCCUUAAAUAAUAAAACAACAGUUACAUAUGUAAAGAUGCAAACCACACAAAAGGAUUCAUCUUUUAAAAUAAUUGAUUCAUUAAUGAAAUAUAUGGGGGUAUGGAAACUGGGGGGUAUGGAAACAAGUCAUUUUGAUACGAACUCAAGCAGUGAAGUUUUGCAAAAAGUUUGAUCACUUCAAAAAAAAUUGCAUUUGAACAAGAAAAACUUUUUGGGUUUUUCAUUCUUUAAGUCAGGUAUGUGAAACUAUUUACCUGUACAUACAUAGACUUAAAUUAUUUGAUAAUUGAAUAAACUGUAACUGUUGUUGUUGUUGUUGGUACACCUUGAAGGAACGAAACUGUAUCGAAACAACUUGUAUAUGUAAGGACUUUGUAUCAAAACAGCCAGUAACCAUAGGGGUAUGCUUACCCAGGGAUGAUGCUAAGGAAAAGAUAAGCAGGCCUUUUUAGUAGUCAAGCUCCCUUUUUUACUCAACUGCAUUAGAGGUUCCCAACGACGGUUUCCUCCUAAAUGAAACACUUUUUAGGCUAUCAAGAACACUUUUAGAUCUCUAGAAAUGCAUUCUAAGUGUCGCUAAAAAAUUUUCAUCUGUUCAGUCAUUAUAGGGCAACUUAAAUCUUUCCGAAAUUAUAAGGGCUUCAGUAUUAUUCUCCUGAAAAUUUUAGCUGCAAUUUAAAGUUUUACGCAAGUAAGAAUUUUUCUGAUUCCUCUCUGCAUCUCAUUUUUGAUUUCAAAAAUUUUAGGUUUCCUUUCUAGCUCUUUCUCUACGAAAAUAGCUUAACCUGGGGAGUGAAAUGGGAAAAAUCAAAGUUCAGAAAAUCUUAGGGAAUUUAUUAGAUAAGCUUCAAAAAUUGUACAUUAACUUUCCUUGAAACAUCCCUGCUUACCCUGGCAUGAUUGUGAUCAAUCUGUUUUAAUACAUAAUAUUUAUAAAUUAUUUUCCAUGACUGUUGUCAGGUUUGUUGAAAUGCAUUUUGAACAGUUCCAUCAGCAGAGCCAACCAUAUGCAUUUAGGGUCCCGGAAAAUUUUAGUACACUGUAAUUCGACUUUUCUACCCUAACUAAGCCAGCUACAGUGGUGUAAACAAAGAUCAACUUCUUCCCCUAUUUAAAAAAAAAGUUCCCUACUUUGAGGGAAAAUAAUAUGCUCUAGUGCUUAUUGAUUAGAACAUGGGACUAUUAAACAAUUUCAAGGUUAGAAUAGUGAGACUUCCUGUGACAAACACUACUUUCAUUUUGGUUACAUGCACAUUCGAAGUCUAAACAAUACGUCUUUCAUUUAUGUUCUGGUCAAGGUUCUGACCCUUAUUGCUUCUUCCCAGUGAAUCCGUUCGUGGACGAGACUGAUUUGUCGUUUGUAAAGAAAAGAUCUUCUUGCCCAUCAAAUAUCAUUUCGUUAAAAGUGAAUGGCUAAAAAUAAACUAACAGAGAUCACGCACCGCUUCUGCCACAUGUGUACCGGGAAGCUUAUAUUUCUAACAUCAACUGCAAUCGCGGCAAGGUCUGACUGUGCCCCGGUAAACAACAACGAAAAUAUGAUUAUUUCGCGGCUUAACUAGAGAAUACAGGGCAAAUUUUCUAGGUAUAUUCGUUGGGGUGGCUCGGUGGCUCGGUAGUCCCGACUAACGAGCCACCGAGCCUUCGAGCCACUAAACUAUAUAACCUCGACUGAAGAGCCACCGAGCCGCCGAGCCACUAAAAUAUAUACCUAUAAUCUGCUAUAAUACAUACUAACAUAUAUGCCUUCUAUGUCUGUCUUAUACUAGCACGUAAUCUACCAUAAACAAGUACUACUUAAGAAUGAUUAAAAACAGAACUCACCUAAAAUCGUUUCCCAACCGGAUGAUCUGAUAUGAUGAUAUAUGCGGUGCGAAGUUUUCGAGGAGAAGCGAUCGAUUGUGCUGCCUAACAGUCGCGCAACAAGUGACAUUUCUUAAACUUUGGCGCUAGAGGUUAAACAUUUUUUGAAUAGCUUAUUGUAAUUUUUUAUAGGAAGAAUCGUAACAUGCAUAACCCAACACUUGCCAAGAUAAAAAAGCCGGUAUUUCGCCCAGUGCUCAAACCGGUUUGAUCGGUUUGUCUUGCGACCGCGCCUGUCAUUUGAUCAUCACUGCUGACCAUUUUUACAGCGUGGGCGCUUAAAAACAAUCGAACUUUGAUCUAGUGGAGUGAUCAACUGCGAUCAACGAGGUGCAAGGCGAGUUUUUACGGACUUAGUUUUACAGGAAACAAAGUCGUCGGCUAAAUCAAAGCAGAAGAUGGACCAGUCUUUACAUUGAGGUACGAUAUUUAUCUGUAGCGAAGCAUUAUAAAAGAUUAACGCUAACAAGAAACUCAUAUACUGUACGCGGUAAGCUAAGAUUUCCGUGCAGCAAUAUUCAGAUUAUAUAAGAUUAAGUCCUCUGUUUCGAUUCCCAUCACAUUAACUAUUUGUGUGAAAUAGUAUGAAAUGACUGCUGCAAGCCUUAUAUAUGAAUGGGGCCGUACGGAAAUCGUAUUACAAACUGGAACCUGACAGCGGCAAAGUCAAAACCCAUUCUCCACAGUUCAACGUAAGCUUACAUGUACGUUUUAUUCGUGUGUUUAUUCUUAUGCCUCUUUUAAGGCCAUCCUCACCAACGCAUAAUCUCUUAUGCUAUGCAUAUGCGCCUCUACUGAGGACCAUGCUAUGUUUGUGCUUGCAUCUCUAAAACUGCACUUGCAUGUCCAUUUCUGUUCAUGUUUUUCUGGAGUCUAACGUAUAUCAUAUGAAUUUACAUUCACUUCAUUUACUGUGUAUUGUUCUAUAGUGUGUUUGAUUACACUCAUACACUGUACUUCUUUAAGACAGAGCAUCGCACUCAAUAAAGCCUGAGUGAAUCAGUUUUAUUCAGGUUCUUUUUUGACUGUUUAAACUGGGGUCUUUUUUGCAUGAGCGUUCGCGACCGCUGAACAAGCAGUGUACAUGGAUGCUCACUACAGGGUCUGCCCUCAUCAAAAUGGCGUGUCUCAAAGCAUCAUCGCGAUUAUUUUCCUCAUUGGUCUUGGCAAAUGUGCUUGUGAUUUAACAAAAUGUGUAGUUUUCAAAAAACUCUCACAUGGUCUUAACAAAAGCAAAGUAGACCGGCUUUAACAUACCACAAGCUACUAUCAAAUUUCAUCUCCCGACUUGACCUGGACAACAGCGCACAUGUAUGUAUACGUAGUGCUUGUAGGAUUGCACUGACCUCAUGAAAGUCUAAACAAAGUGUCGAAACAUUUGAUAAUGUAAGUAAACACUUUCAAUUUGAUUUGUUUUAAAAUGGGGAAAGGAACACAAAUAUUGAAAAGAACAUAGCAGAUUUCAGCGAGUGGGUUCAAAGUGCACAAAAGCUUGUGUUCAGUUCAGCACUUUAAAGCUACAAAAUGAAGAGCACACAAGACAGACAUUUAGAUUAGUCACCUGGUGAGAAGUUGGUGGUAUUCACUCUGUGUGUCUCGAACAAUAAAAAAAUGAAUAUCAAUGAGACACAGUCAAAACUGCCAUCAAUAGGACUGAUUUUGAUGAACCAAACGGCUAAAAGUAAAUUCCUGUAAAAGGAAUACAGUGUUAGUCCCCCCCAAAAACAAGAAGUUCUGCAAUUUUGUGAUAAACAAACUUUGUAUCGCUAAAAUUCUUAAGAGAACAGCUUUCUAUUCCAACUGAUAACAGAUUGGUAGUUGCGCGCUGAUCGUUAUUAAUCAACUCCCGAAAUACGGCGAAAUCAGCUAUCUACAAAUUAUUGACAGAAAUCCUCUAUGGCAUCAAGAAACUAAUUUAAAUCGGAUUUAUAGACCAACACUAAACAAAGAACAUUUUGCUUGAAAGCUCCCCGUCAGCAAUGCAUUCUUUGCCAAAAUUUGCGGUUCUUGAAGGGGAAUCAAGACACAAGUCUAGCGCCAAACAACAACAAUCAGCCAUGUUUGUGUCAGACAUCCUUGAGAAACUUUCUCGUUCAACUCAUCCGUCUCCACUUUCUGUAAAUCACCAGAUCUUUACUUCUUUUACAGUCUUUCCUAAGUUCCUGCUACCAUUUGAAUCUCAAGCAAGCUUUCAAAGUGAAGAAUUUGGUUCCUACACUGUAUGACUAGGCACCACUGUCGCUGUGACUGGCCACGUGCUCUUUAUCAAGUCUCAAUGCGCAUGCUCAUGCAAAAAAUACCACUGUUGAUUGUCUAUAACUCUCUCACACACUCUAGAAUUCCUAUUAUUCAGUUCUGUUGUGGUUGAUAAAUUUAUAGCUUCAUUUGAGGUUUUGAGUGGGCUUAAAAAAUGGUUUGGCUCAUGGUAAUGAAGAUGUGUGGACUGUGUGUUUCAAAGAGACAUUGAUCACAACAUUCAGUAUUUUCAACAUGGCAUUAGUCUGUUGCAAUGUAUAAUUGAUACCAAAAGUUAACUCUCCAAUUUCUUUUUUUUAUUAUUUUCUUGACUGUUUUGUACAGCAAUAACCACAAUGUGCAAUGUACCUGAUUUUUACUUUCUUUAAACAUUAGCAAGCAAUGAAUUUAUCUACAGUGUUUAGUCACAAUUUAUACAAAAGCACUGGCUCAUAUAUACAAAUGUCCAUGUGUUGACCUUUUUCUCUUAGAUCAGUGUGUGAUUAAAUUGUGUGGUUUAUGUUUGUUUAUGCCUUAAAGUAAUUGGACAGUAUGCAACAUAGCGUUGCGCCCACUCUUGAAUGAUUUUUUUUUUCACUGCCAGCAAAAGCUGUCUGAUUAGCCUGUUUUUUAUUUUUUUUAAAGAAAUGCUUUAACAUCACAAACUUUGUAAAAGGUAUGAUUAAUACAUCUAACAGACUUCAUGUCCUCUAAUUCGGUCAGUAAUCGUACUUGUUAUUAAACAAAUACACAGUUGUCUGAUUUUGUUAGACACCUGUACAUAUAUUGAUUGCAGACUGAAUUGGACUCCACUCAGUCUUACUGAAAUAGUGAAGCCACAUGUUAUUUGCAGAACCUGUAAUUUAGAGCACAUUUUCAGUUGUUGAUUGAUUAUUAUUCUUUGACAGGUUGAGUCAAAAAAUAGAAAGGAGAUUUACUACCAAGUUCAAGCAGUGCCAUGGGAGGCAACAAAUGCAGCUAAGAAUGUACACAUUUUAGCCUGUAAACUGGAUUUACAGUGUACUUAAACCUUCAACACUGCAUUAUAUGUACGUAUUUUUUCAUAAAUGUCUUGCUAGCCUCCUAAAUGCAUGUUUACAACAAGUACAUGACUGUAUUUCUACAUGUUAAAUGGAUUGAAAACUCAGGGUAAUACCAUAAACUAUUAAUGUUCAAGAUGUAUACUCAAUGUUGUUGCCGAUUUUUAGUUGCCUUUUUUUCAAUAAAAUUUUAUUGUUGGCCUAUGAAGAUGCCUCUUUAUUGAAACAUUAUUACUGUACCUUCAAAAAUGUAGCAUGUACUUUUCAGCCCAGCUCUUGCUUCUUGACAUGAUAUUUUUAACUUUAUCACGAAAGCCAGGAAAAAACCUUGUUAUUGUUUUGCCCUUUGUUUACAUAUUUUAUGAUUUGUCAUUGUCAACCAGGCUUACCAAGCUUUUAAGGUUUAAAUUAAACCAGAUUACUAGAAAAAGGUCUGGGAGAACCAGGCUUACGACGCUUUUGAGGUGGGAGUUUUUACCAGGCCUACCAGGAAACCCUGGUUAAACCAGGCUUACCAUGCUUCUGAGGUAGGGGAUUUUAACCAGGCAUACCAGGAAACUCUGGUUAAACCAGGCUUACCAAGCUUUUGAGGUGGAAAUUUCAAACCAGAUUUACCAGAAAACCUCGGCUAAACCAUGCUUACCAGGCUUUUUAGGCGAAAAAUUUCAACCAGGCCUACCAGGAAAGCCUGGUAAUACCAGACUAACCAAGCUUUUCUGGUUAGGAUUUUUAAGUAGAAAGCCGAGUUACCAGACUUUCAUGGUAAAUUAUAACCAGGCUUACCUUAAAAGCCUGGUAAAACCAGGCUCAACCAGGCUUUCAAUUUAAGUUGAUAAUUGUCAAAAGCCGGGUAAGUCUGGUUCAACCAGGGUUUACCAGGCUCACAAGGCUUUUAACCAGACUUUUGGUGCAAGGGUGCACUCCUUUCUCAGGAAAUCAGAAUUGAGUAAUUUUUUCGGGUAUGUUAUUAUAGCUAAUAUCAUAAGUGACAAAUUACUCUUUAAUUUUGGUGCGAAAUUUCAGCGUUAAUUUGUAAUUUCACAUGUGAAAUUACAAAAUUGCCAUGGCAACCCUUCCGUACGUCUCGGUGUCAAGAUGGCGACGAAGUUUUAAAAUGCCGUGAAUGAAGAUGUCAGGGCACAAAAAGACGCUUUAGAAAACCUGAACACGCAAGAGAGCAUCAAGAAGGAUUCUAACAGGUAUUUUGUCGAAAAAGUCUGAAAAAUUCUGAACUUUACAAGCCAAAUUUAAGGUCUAAACAUUUUAGAGAGUGGAGUUCUCCAUCGAUACGAUCCAGGAUAAAGAUGUCAAUAAUCCAAGAUUACUAACGUAAUUCGUAACCCAUGUUAUUAAUAGGUAAUCAAAUGGUAUACUCGUGAAAUUAGGGAAUAAUUUCACUUGCGUUUUGUCCAAAUCCUAAUAAUUUCCCUCGCCCAAAGGAUCGGGAAAUUAUUAGAAUUUGGACAAAACGCGCGUGAAAUUAUUCCCUAAUUUCACUCGUCACCAUUUGAUUACUCAUACUAAAAACAUGGCAAGAACAGCAAGAAGACAACUCGAAGGGCAACAUGUGCUAUUUGGAGAAUAUUUGUGGAGCUGAAUAACCCUAAACGUGCGCUAUCGAAGAUGAACUUAACAUCGAUGGAGGUAAGCAUGUUUUAGCUAUGUUUAAAACUAGGAAGUAUUUUGAUUGAAUAAUAAAAAACAAUUAUUGAAUUCGGCUUUCGUAUCAUAUGAAGAAUUACGGAGACCUCGGAAGGUGUUAUCCCUCCUCGAUCUGCUUAAUUUUGACAGAGCGCAAAAACCGCAAGACAUGCGCGCUAGAGCUCUCGCCACUGUUUCUUGUAUUCCCGCCUUUCGAUUUUCAAAAUGGCGGAGGACUAAUCAGAAUCUAACACGUCACUGCGGACGCUGCCAAGCCGCUGUCCUCGCUCUAAGAAUUUUUCAACAUCGUUAAGGUGAUUCCAUAGUAAAAGAACCUAACAUAGAUUGUAGCUAAAACUUGGUACACUGAUGUAACAAGUCAAGAAGAUGAUAAAAAAGUAAUAAAAAGUGGGGGUCGUUUUGACGUCACAAUGCCGACAAAUACGGCUAUUUAUGACCCUUUUACAAAAACCGCGGGCAGCCCAAAACUAGACAAAAAGGAAAGAUUUUUUCGAUGAUGCAUGUGGCAUCACACAGAAUUUGACUUACAUGUAUUGUUUAUCCACUCACGUACCAGAAAAAUGCCUUUUAAUGCCCUUGAUUUACGUUACGCUCCAAAGUAGAAUUAAAUUGGGCGCGCGCUUUUCGACCCGUGGUGGCUCAAUCCGUACAAUUUAGUAAAAUUGCCAAAAAACUGAACAUAGAUUUGUGCUAAUUUUUUUCUCAUCGAAAGGAAGCACUGUCCUUAUUAAAAUCAUGAAAUAAAAAAUGGGGGUCACCGUACUCGUUUUUGCGGUAGAGCUGCAGAAAGUGCGCACCAAACGCAUUUUCUCCGAUUUUUGGGAGAGGACUGGGGCGAGUUUCAGAAUAGAAUGUAUGUGAAAGGGGGAAGAAAGUAUUAAAAAAUCCGUUUUUACAGAAUUUACAUCGAUGUAUCUCAUUUAGGAUACAACGUGAUGAAGAAAGUGUUUAAAUGAAAAUCAAAGUGAGUAAGCACAAGUUAAACAUCCACUAUCGAGGUUCUCCGAGAGGAGGUCGAACUCAGCAACACGCGCACUGCUUACGUUAUGCACAUUCCCAACACAUUGAGUCUCACAUUGGCAAGAAACAACAGCAAGCAAAAAUUCCAAUAGCGUUUCUCUUGAGUCAACUUCAUUUUAAUAAUAUUACUUCACAUGCUGUUUUUUACGGCGGCCAUCUUGUUAUGCGCAGUAAGAGAUGCGCAGUGCAAAACUAGGGAAUCACCUUAAACGGAAUUUGUCAGCAUUCAGCCAUGUGUUGGCGACGCUAGCGAAAAGAUCGGACUUAAACAGGUUCUCUAAAGCAGCGAUGUUUGUGACCAGCUUCGGAGCCUAUUUUGAAGCUUGUUGUUUCAAAGAAGGGCAGGUUUUUUGCGUUUCUUAAGGUGGUCGCUUACUCUUUAAGGCCAGGAAAGAGAAAUGUUGGAGGUAAAUAGUUUAUGUGAAACAUAUCAAAUAUGACUUGUUUUUCGUUUCUAUGAAAAUUUUUUAGAGCUCUUUAAAAGUGGACUAUUGUUUCACGACUUAAGAAUUACAAGGAAGGCUUGUUCAAGGCGAAGUUGGAAUAACAACAAGUAUAUUUACCUCAUUUACCGCGUUGCUUCGCAAUAUUUGUUUGUACUGACAGUGAAAGGAAUUCGAUUUGCAACUGGUUUUCACGAAAAUUGAAAUCUAGAACUUUGUAAUCUCAUCUAUAAAAGUGGUUAUCUGCAGAUUUUUUUUUAAGUAGUAAAGUUCGGGUGAUGUACAUUGUGUUUUUUGAGGCGCUAAAUAUAAAUAUACCUUGGUGACACUGAAUCGUUGUGAUUGCUCACGUUGUUUUCUCAGCGAAAUCACGGCUACAGUGCAGCUGGAAAAGUCAUUCUUCUAGUUUCAAACAGCAGCAAAGGCAUUUUUCUGAUGACAUGUUCUACGCUUAAAAGGGGCCACGAGAACUAAGGAGCCGGUCAAGAUUCAGGGAGUAUGGAGGGUGGGGGGCUAGGGAAAAUUUUUAAAGGUUCUACAAAAUGCCAUGUAAAUCUGUAUUUCUGUUACAAAUAAAAUAGAUCGAAAAAAUUAAAUUAUUAUGACAACUUAAAAUUUGGGGGAGGGGGGGUGGGGGGUCCUUCCAAAACAAUUUUUAAAAAAAGUUGAAAGAAAUCAAAGGCUAAAAUAAAGAAGUCCUCAAGAAACUUGAGGGUGGGUGCUUGUGGUUGUUAUCUUUAUUAUUAUGAUCCAGACUAUCUUUUAAAACACACUUCGUCAUCCACCCUCCCCCCUUCCUCCAAAUAAAAGUUCACUUUCUCAACCUAAGUAUAAUGGAAAACUAAGCCACUGAGGUGGAACAGGAAGUCAUUAAUACAUAUAAUAACCUUUUCCAUUUCACUGGCCACAAUAAUGAUCUGCUGUUUCUCAAACAAUGCAGAGGUGCAGUGAUCAGCCUUCUCAAAAUAUGUUGCAUGCUCAGCUAAUCAAGCUGUUUUCUGGUCACUGCCUGGCUACAAUAAGCCAAAACACUGUUUGUGAGUUGAGUACCUCACAGAGCCUUCUGUUCCAGAUGCAAAGUAUCAGCUUCCAACAUUCGAUCAUGCUUAGAAAGCAAAAUUUCAACCUAGUUUUUAGGUUUAAAAGUGACACAGCAGUCUUGACGUUUAUUUUUCGCUUCCUCUCCUCCCAUUGAUAGGAAAUGUUUUGGGAAAGCAUGUAGGAUCAUAGGAUUAGAUAGAAGGAAGUGUAGGUGAGUAGUGGAACAAGAUUUCAAGGGGAAUGGGUUUAUAGUUAAGCAUUAAAUGUUGUGAUGGGUUGGUUACAGUAAGUGGCAUCCCAAACUUGUUGUGUUCCUAUUACUUGGGGAAUGCAACUAGUGAUAAAUUCAUUAAGUGCAAAAAAAUACACAAGUGUUGCUACUGUUUUCAGAGCUCAAAAUAAUAACUUCACUGGUAGAUAUUUUCACUUGUGAAAGUUUUAUUGUAUUGACCCCAUGACAAAAAAUAACUAAACCAAUGAAUUUCUCAUGGAGUUGCACUGUUCACCAUCUUUCAGAGUAGGGUACAGUGCGACCUGCACCCGACCAUUUGUUGACAAUAAUAACUUCAGAGAGAUUAUGUUCCAUGUGGUUACCUGCCCGAGGUUAUUGCUAUUAUCCCAACAAAGUCAUUCAGCAUAAGAAGCUUUUGGUGGAGAACUAAACUCAGGAAACAUGCUUUACAAAAAAGUGCAAUGUACCGGUAAAUCGUGUAUAAAAGCAAUGAGUUUCGCUACCCCGUGUGCACUAAUGUAGGCAUUUACUACAUGCUUGACCAAAAUAUUCUUUGGCCUGGACUUAAUAAACUUGAAGCUUGUAUUUGUUGUAGUUAAUUUUUUUAACUCAGGUAAUGUAUGCUAAUAAAGUUGAAACAAAAGAAAAACUAAAACUUAGCUGAGAUAAAAAAUUAACUGCAAUAUAUAUGUCAAAUAUUGCUUCUAGCAGAAGGUAUUGAAACUCUUUCCAGGAAAGAAAUUUUUGUUCAAAAUCUUAGAUUGUUCUUUGUAACACCAUUAAUAUUUAACUCAUUGACUGGCAAACAGUUUUGUUUAUUGAAAUCUUCUGUUAAGCCCCCAGGGGGGCUUACUUAUUUCAAACACACUUGGGGAGGGGGGCUUAUUUGAGAGGGGGAGCUUAUUUAAUUUAGCAAAGACGAUGGUAUCAGUUCUCCAUAAAGAACUAGAAUACAAAGUGGAAACAAUCCGAACUUCCAGUUGGUGAACGAACCAUCCUGGAAUAUAUUCUCUGCAAGGCUCGAAAUUGCGACUCGGUCCACACGAAGUUUUACAGUUGUGAUUGAUUAAUACAGUCUAUCAUUUAUUAACUAGUGAAGAAUGUAAAGGGGAAGGGGAACUUAUUUGGGGGGGGGUGUAAAAGAGGAUUUACGGUAUUUACAUUUGAUGUUCAUUUCGUGAAUGUGUUUUCAUGUCAUAUCUGUUUGAGACAAAGGCGCACAUUUAGUUACUGUAGCAUACUUUGAGAAACAAACUUGAAAGCAAUGCUUAUAAUUAUGUGAUAAGUAUCAUGUUUGAUUGGCAGAAAGACUGUCCAGUGCAAAAACAAACACCUGAUAGCAGGUUAUCAUCAUGACAAGCAACUAUCUAAGUGCAAAAGGAGACAAUAUUCAGCACUCUUGUACAUCUCAAUAACACAAGUCACUGGCCAUCAUUAAACAAAAGGAGAAAAGUAUUAAUUCUAUCCCAAUGAAUUAGAACAACUCUGCAAUGAGCACGAUCCUGGCGUGAAUGAAGAUAUAUUGUUCCAUUCCAUUUACAACAGUGAAAAAUAAUUUUCAUCAAUCAAGAUUUCUAAUCAAGAGAAUUAGGGUAGUUGCCCUUCUAUACAACCUCAGCUCUUUUUAGAAAUCAGGUUAAUGUUUUCUGUUUCUUACAACAAAAGAAGUAAUAAAAUGAUUAUGGUAGACGUACAGAUUGUUUUAUAUGAAAUUACUUUUCAAAACAAACACUUAGAACUCUACAAUGACAUAACAAAUAAAAAUUAGUAACUACAAAUAACAAACAGCAAAAGAAAUGAGCUUGAUACAUGUAAACAAACAUCCGCAUGCUAAAACAUUAUUUGUAGCAUGCUGUAAAAUGUCUAACAAACACCUGAUAGCAGGUUAUCAUCAUGACAAACAAUUUCAAGAGUUUGGAUUUCUCACCUGUUUGCCUGUGUACGACGAGGACGAUGAUGAUGACCCCGAUAUGAAACUUUUGGAUCUCUACGACUCGAAUGUGAAUCAGAAUUAAAAGGAGGCAAAGUGGGACGCUUUAAUUUGAAAUCAAAGUUAUGAAAGCUGUUCGACUACACGAAGUUCAUUCAUGAAACAAGACGAUCCUGCCCAGCCGGAAACGCAUUUUCAAAAUUUGGACAAUCAAAGCUGAAAGCCUUUGGGUAUAAUCAAGAGCAAGUUCCCUGCAGCUGUUCCCGUGGGCAAAGGAGUAAUCCGAUGUCAGUUUGCUGAAAGCUGAAAUAUGCUCGAAGGAUUUGUAAUAUAAACACUCGAUGUUUACAUACGGUGGACAUCCCAAACGGCGCUUUCAGUAACUUCACGCACAGAGUUUUGAAGGCAAUUAAACAGAAGGUUUCAUAAUGUAUCGGUCAAAUCGAAGCUUCAACAUGCCCGCCCCCCCGGGCAACCCCCCGGGCAACCCCCCGGGCAACCCCCCGGGCAACCCCCCGGGCAUUUGACUUUUUUGAAAAUUAUUGUUCAAAUUCCCCGCUACCCGGGCCAAAAUGCCGUUCAAAUGCCCCACACUGGGGUCCAUUCAGGUGAUCAAAUGCCCCCACCCCGGGGACAUUUCAAAGGCACAAAAAUGACAGAAGGACGGCAGAAACGCCUUCGGUUGUCGAACAAAAUCUUUAUAAAUAUAACAAAAACUGAGAAACGCUGUUAGCGUAUUUACUGCGAACAAAAUUCUCGUGCAAAGCGGCGGAAAUCGCUGCUACAAGGUCACUGAAUGCUCAGCUUUUCUUAGUCAUGCAACAUACAAAGCAUUCUAUAAAAAAGAUCCCACCUAUUGAGAUUACUACAUCAUCAUCAUCAUGACAUGCAUCAUCGCUCACCUUAUUAAUUAACUUACUUGCAGUAUUUUUGAGCUAUUUUGAAAAAAUAGCUCAUAUGUCAGUGGUGUGAGCGUAUGUAUCUUUGUCGCUUUGUAACUUUGUAUGUUCGGAUGUUUGUUGUAAGAUCCAAUAAGGUUGAAGGUACUAUUAGUUGAUGCUUAGGAACCAAUGAGAUCUUAGCAUCUACUUAAACAUGACAUUGGUAAAGGUCGAACAAGGGCACUUUGAGACCGCCAUCUUGAUUCUUCACAAUUUUUUCGUCUUUUAUUACGGCUACAGGUGUUUGGAAGAAUUACAUUAAAUAUCUUCAUGAUUCAAACGCUGUGUACAGUGAUGCAGCUGUUUAAGGGUUCAUAUUUUAGUAUGGAUGCUGCUUCGAGGCAUUUCUGACCUAAUUCGGCUAUCGGUACAACGCACGUCAGUAUGAGUUCUGUUUCACCCGCUACAACUGGGUAGAGUAUAAAAGAUCAUAUAUUUUCAAAGCUCUUCCAAUGAAGCAAUAAUUGAUAUUUAGAUAUAGACUUUAAUUCGAAAGUAUGCACCCUACAAAAUGUGGUUUUAGAAGUUUAAAAAGGCAGCUUAUUUUUGUGAAAGCUGUACCGAGUAUUGUUAAUCCUGUAAACAAGCUUUAAAAAUAUCAUUCUCUCGCUUACAAAGUUCAACAGACCUUUUUCGUUCUGGCAAAACAAAAAAAAGAAUAAUAAGUGAACAACAUAAAACAUCCUUCCUGCAUACUAAGUAUUAUAGUUUCUGAACCCUAUUUUAUUUAGUAAAGAUGAGUAACUUAAGUAGAAACAGUAGCGUUAGGGAAUAAAAUUGGAAGAAGCUAGUUGACACAAAAUUAGAUACUGUUGUAUUGAGUGGAGUAACAUGAUACAAGUAGAAAUAUAUUUCGGCAGUUUGAUAAUUUUCUUGGUAGUUAAUAAAUGUUACGCUAUCAACCUUGACGUUGCAUGAAACAUAAUUUAAUUGCAGGUGUUGUAAUAAAGCCGAGGUGAUUUCUUAAAAUCGCUUAAGAAAAUUUUGUUGUGAAACAAUUUGCCUUUUUUUUUUUACGUACGAAUUGUAAAAGGGCCAAAGACCAACAUCUUCACAUGCAAAUUGUGUGCAUGAGUUAUUUUUAUAAUUCUGUUUCCUAGAUUACUGUGUGAUAACUCGAAUUCCUUCACGUACGAACCACGAAAGGGGGCAAAGUCCAACACUUUCAUGUGCCAGCUGUGUGACUGUACAUCUCAUGCAGAUUGGCUUUUCACAAUGAUAAAUAGUAACUUGAACGUAUGAAGACCUGUUUCGUUUUGUAACCAAUGCCUUAAAAGAGGCUCUUGUCUUUUAAGAAGCAAUAGCUUUUAAAACAUGAAGAAAUAAGUUGUCGGAGUUCACGUGAAAACCUCGUGAAUUAUGAUGAUGCAGCCAUAUACCACAAUGAUAAAAAUCCUGGUAUUUCCUAACUAUUCAGUAUUCGAUGAGUCACAUUUUGGCUUAAGAAACUCCGCGGAAACCCUAGAGUUUUCCUUCUAAUCAACGUUUGGUGAGUAGAAAUUUACUUUACUUCAACAAUUUGUUUAACUUGCACCAGAUGUAACAGGGAAAGACAGAGGAAAGUGAAUAUAUAGGUUUAGGAUCGACUCAGCUGAGCGUUUCGCGUUUUCAUUUAUGUAGCGCAAUACCCAAUUUCGCACAAAAACCAAAUCUACAUUUAGAAUGAAAAAGGUAGAUUCAUCACUCUUGGUAAGGUUACACCGAAGUAUUAUAGUUACACUGAAGCAUUCAAAAUAGCUCAUGCACGUUUAACGUACCUAUGUUAUUCUAUGUUGUUGUAUUGAAUCGCCGGUAGAGGUAUAGAAAUACGUUCAUACAUUCAAAGCCUGACUCCAAUAUUAAAAAUUUUGAAAUUUAAAUACUUCAAAUACGCCACAAAGCUUGUUUAAGCCCUUUCCUCGUAACCAAUUGGCCACAAAGGCACAAUCUUUUCCACGAAAAUCCUCUAACACCGGGUCCCCCAUUGCUCGCCACGCCAAAGAUUUUACAUGAAAUCGAGGAUGCAGUUCAAAUUCCCCACCCCCUGGAAAACUCUGAUAAUCAAAUUCCCUCCUCCCCGGGACGGCAAAGGUGUCAAAUGCCCGGGGUUUGCCCGGGGGUGGGGGGGGGGGGCAUGUUGAAGCUUCGAUUUGACCGAUACAUAGGUUUCACAUAAGGUUUCUUGCUAAAUUUGAUUAUUUCUUUUUCUACGAACAGCAGUCUUGUAGGUCCUUGUAGUUUAACAUCUCUCUCUCUCUCGCGCGCGCUCAGCCGCCAUUCUUCGAUCUUCUUAUCUUCAAUUUUCUCGGGUUUGCGCAGGCGCAGUUACGCAAAAGAGGCCAAAUUACGUCAUUAUCCACUAGCCAAUCAGCGGUUUUUGCGCUCUGUCCUCAAUUCUUCAUAUCCUACUCAGCCUCAUUCAUUAAUAUGCGGGUCUUUUUAGAUUUCUUAAAAUUUACAUAGCAUCUUCAAUCCUCGUCAAAUUUCGCUGAAACAGUACACUAAAAGUGCGGUUUUUCAUAUCACGCUUUCUCAACCAAAGUAUUUACGUUUUCUUCUGUGUGCUUCUUCUUCUUCCCCAAUGUUCAGAUUGGCGUUUUUUUUUUUCAAAUGGAUGAUGCGUAAACCAACAUUAGGGAGGGCAUAACUUGACAAGUGGUUCAACAAAUAUGACGAGUAUUGAUGCAGCAGAAACAUAAAAACAAUGAACGAAUACCCAUACACUGAUAAAAUGAUUUUAAAAUGCUGAGUUAAAGUGUACUACAUUUACAAAAUUUUCAAACAUUACGGAAAAUAACUUCAAAAAGGAAACGUUGAGAUUACGAGUUUACAAAAUAGACAAGACGCCUAUCAUAGGCGUACAUUGGGCUGCGCGAUGAAGAUGACCCAUACUAUUCAUGGUGCCUUAGCCUGCGAUGCAGCUGGCCCUGGACGCACUCGUCUGAACCAUUUGUAUAGUCCGUCUGCGAAUUAGUGCAUAAAAGCUCGUUCUAAUAGCCUGCAGAGUCGUAAGGACAUAUGUGAGCGUUUCAGAUAGGCGGGUUUCUUACAGGUUUCUUACGAGUCUCACGAUUGACCUAAUUUUUACGUGUGCGUGACGGUUGGGCGCAGUGACAUCUGCAAAUUCACAGAAGGGAGUCGGCAAGGAUCGUUUACAGUAAACAAUGAUAGAGCAGUUCGAACUUUAAAGCCUUCUUCUAAACAAAAAAAUGCUUUGAGAUAAUUCCUUCAAGGCCAGAAUUUGCCUGUAAAUUUGCCGGCUGGUUUUCCAACGUCUCAAUCGCUGCAGAUGCACUACCGCGUAUUCUGCAAUCUAGCCGACAGUUCUAGAGUCAAAAGAAAUCAGGAAAUCAUGAUAUCCCAGGUAUAAAAAAAAUUACACACAUGUAGCUAUUCAGGUCCAGGUAUUUCGUUGAAAACAAAAGAAACUAAGGUUAUUUAGCCGCAAUAAAAAAGCUUAAGGACAGAAGUAAAAGAAAAUCAUUUAUGCAUCUCUGAUGAAAUCCUCUCAGAAAACAUUUGCCAAAAAAUAAACCACAGGAACUAAUUACUCAAUAUGCAUGGAACAGACCAGCUUCACAACCUCUAAAUGUAGCUAAAUGUGACACAAAGUGGCAAAAAAAAAAUUUGCUCAGUCAAAUUGUAGAAUACUCCAUGCACAGUAAAAUUAAGCGACAAGAGAGCAAGAAAAACAUCUGUUGUUCAAGCUACUCUAAGGUCACGUUUCACACUUUCACGAGCUCAAACUCUCUUGUCACGAACUAAUUAGUCAUGUUGUCCUGUCAACACUUAAUUCAAAUCGGACUAAUCACAAGCUGCAUACACCACUGAACAAAAACCCAUUAAAAUCUUGUGAAUUUAUUGCGGGGAAAUUCACGAGAUUUUUAUGCCUUAUUCACCAGAUUUUCAUGGCCAAAACUAAGGGUAUUUUCAUGGGUUCAACCUAUGAAAAUACCAUUAAAAAAGCGAUGAAAAUACUUUGAAAAAUUCCCAAUUAAUGGCUCAUGAAACAGUCUAGAUGAUAAGAAAUGCAAAGAAAAACACAUGAAAAAGCCAUGACUUUUUUUUAAUGAUUCAUGAAUUUGACUUGUUAUGGGAUUUUCAUGGUGUUCAGGAAAAGUCCAUGAAAUAUAUCCAGAUUUUUCAUGGUGUGCAAAUUCAUGGUAAUGUAAUGGGAUGGAAAAUUCAUGAGUCAUGAUUAUCCCCUUAACGGGGAAUUUUUAAUGGGCCAUGAAGAUUCUUAGAGUACUUUUCUGACUUUUUCACAGCAUUUUUAUGGCCCAUGAAAUGUAUUUUGUGCCUCGUCCUCUGACAUUUUCAUGGGUUAAAGUAAUGGCUUAAUGGUACCAUGAAAAUGGCAUUAAAAUUCCAUUGAAAGUCAAUCAUUUCGAAAACUAUGCUUACCUUAAAAUCUUUCUCACUGAUAUACAAUUUACAACCAAAACCAACAGGAGCAUCAAUCUGUUUUCAUAAUAAAUUUAUUCUACCCACUAAGGUGAUAGAUACAGAAAGUCAUUUCAGUCCUUUAGUUACAAAAGCAUAAGAAUCUUAAAUUCAUAUGAAUUUAAAAUAAAUAGACUUGAGCUUCUUUUUCACUAAUAUUUUGAGUCACUGCCAUGCUAAAAUCAUAUAAUAUAAUCAUCAUUUGUUUAAAUGUUUCAUAACUUUCAUACUUAUCAUUAAAAUUACCCUAAAAUCUAAAUUUGAAUUCUCUUUUGUCACCCCUGUUCAUUUCCUACAGAAGUAGUGGGGAGAAGUUGAUAAAAUAAUAUCGAACAAAAUCGUCUUGUAUGAUCAUGUCUGUAAUUCUCAUGACCACUCUGUUUUACAAAGCAUUGAUAUUACAAGGAGAAAUUUGAUGCUGAUCACCCUUAGGGCUUAAAGUGUUAACCUUGCUUUAUUUCCCAAUAAUACCUUUAAAUCAAUUUACAAUAUAACACAGCUUUAGAGUGAUUUUACUUACCCUGUGAAAUAUAGACACUGUAGUAGGCUACUACGCACUACCAUUUCGCAUGCAAAAAUAGUAACAUUAAAACAAAACGAAUAAAAAAAUAUAUGUAUCUAUGUCAAAACACUAAUUCCAUUAUAUUCUUUUGUGCACUUGUAACUAUUUGACAUUAAUUGUUAAGAAAAAUCACUCUAAUAUUUUGUAAGCAGCAAUGUAUUAAAAUUACCUUAAGUGUCGUUACUAUGUAAUAACUAUAGGCCUUAUAUUUCUCUUUGUAUUAUUGUAAAUAUUGUUGGCUUAAAAAUGUUCACUUUUCAGAUCAAAGAAUAGGUUGUUCCAUCCUUCUUAACUGAUGGUGUAGAGAAAAAGAUAUAUUUUAGGCUUAUUUCUUACUUUUCCUCGAAAAGUUAAAAGUUAGGAACGGAGGUUACCAAAGUCCUAGCAUUAUUGUUGUGUGAAAAACUGCUCGUUUACUUCAGUUCUUGAUUGGAAAUAAAUGAACUAAAAAUUAAAUGCUUGUACUUGUAGUAGACAUGGCGUUUGAAGAUAUUUAAUAAAUCACUUCGUCUUUAAUCUUGACAGCUCUGACAUGUCGGUGCCUGCCAGAAUAUUAUAAGUAUUCAAUUUGUAGGAUUCCAUCGACCAUUUGCAACAAAGACUACAAUUAUGUCUGCAGUAAACAAAAAGGGGCCAAUAAAUGGUAUUUCAUUGCAUCACUCCUUAAAGUUUCCUGCUCACAUCGGCAAGAUUUAACUAAAAUCUCCAGCUUAAGUUACCAUCAGAUGACCCAUGUUACAACGAAAACAAAAUCAGCCGGAACAUGCCUUUACCAUCCACAAUCCAGCUGACUUAUUGUUCUCCAACUUGAUUGGAAGCACGCUUCAUGUGGAAAACAAAACAAAUGAACAAUCCGCCUUUAAUAUAACCCCGAUUUGGGUGCAAAAUAUAUGCUAUUAUAAAAUAACUGAGAUGGCACGCGCGCUCUGAUUGGCCGAGAGGAGUGUUUGCAUGAGAGUAUGUAAACAUGGUUGUGGCGUCAAGUUGUUUGGCUUUUCGCGCGCUAAUCACGCAAGUACGAAUUUGAAAACGUUUUCGAGUUCAAAACUCGACAACUGUACUUUAUUUACCCAUUCCUUUGUCGGCUGAAACAUGGAAAAUCGUUUCAAAGAAGGUGAGUCAAUUUUUCUUCGCUUAAGCCGGCAUUUUGAGCGAGAAAAAUCCGUAUUUUGCAAAGCAUCUUUCUGCAAAACAAGAACUGAUUACCCGUGCAAGACUUCGUGGACAAGAUUUUGCGACUGGAAAGAAUUUCUCUUUUAAUCAGUGCCAUACAAAACGUUUUGCGUUUUUUCUCGUGAAAGUUAUUUUAUAAAAGCAAUAGAAAACUUUUUCCUGUGUUUGCAUAGCCUGAUAUAAACACUCGAGGCGUUGGGAGAAUUCUCCACGGUUAUGCAAACCCGAGACGAAGUCGAGGGUUUGCAUAACUGUCUCGAAUUCUCCCAACCCCUCUCGUGUUUAUAUCAGGCUAUGAAAACACAGAAAACGUUUUCUAUUGCCUAAUUGUUGAGUCCGCGUGAAUUUGAACUGAUCUAACGGAACUUCAUUUUUCGCUUUUCUAUUGGUUCAAAAGGUGCACGUGACGACGGGAGUUACUUUGUGGGAAACUGGUAACUAGUCAGCUCAAACAUCAAACAUUGCGGGUAAUACGUUCGGUGAUCUAGUUUAGACAGUUUAGUGAGUCUAAAAAGCGGUGGCUUUAAGAGCCGAGUGAAAUGAUCCAAAGCUUUUGAGGUGUCAGCAGCAAGGGAAAAAAAUUCGCAUUGUUUUUUGCAAGAAAUGAUGGCCUUACUUACAAAGCUUCAGCGAAAGACGUGUUGUUGACAUUGUUUGGACUAGCUCAGGUACGAUGGCUUUACUUACAAAGCUUCAACGAAAGAGAUAUUGUAGACAUUGUUUGGACUAGCUCAGGUACGAGAAGACACUUUGAAUAUCCCAGUUGCUUACUACACUUGUGGAUCAAAAGCUUUUUUUUCCGAUAAGAAAAUUUCACGCGAAACAUUUCAGAAUUUACGAAGCUAACUUGGCGAUCGCUGAGGUACAUGUAGACUUCAGUAUUAUCGACAGUGAAUAGGUAACUCGAGCAGAGGCCCUUUGAUCUUCCCAAGAGAAAUUGAAGACAAUGCUUAUGCAAAAUUUUGGGGUGACAAACAAAGAGCGUUAUGGUAUGUUACGGCAUACCAAUGUUUAAUCUUACUCUUUCUAGGUAGUUUGGGAGCCUGCAGCCUGAUAUUAGGGAGUUUAAGAUACGGCGACUACGGACUACGACUACGGUUAAACAUGCUACUGCGCAUAAUCAAAACCACGUGACUGUUCAUUUUUCCCGCGUAGUCCUACGGCUACGGUGAGUUGUUGAGCUGUUUCCCGUAGUCGGGACUACGGAGAACAUUUUGCUCGUAUUUUGCCGUCUCGGUAAUUCAAGAAUCUCGUCUUUUCGUAAAAAAGAAAGGAUGAUCAAUUUAACUUGACAGUAAACUCUUUCUCAUUCUCAGCCUUGCUAAACAGCCAAAAAUUAAAUGACCAUAUUUUCUGGUCAGGCUUACCUAUUUUUUACAAAGUGUUCACAGUUGUGCAGAGAGCUAUACCUCAUUUAAGUUGAUUAACAAGAACAUACAAAGCCAUACAGGAUGUCACGUUAAACCAAUGUAUGAAUCUUCUAGUACCAGGUAUAAACUUUAAAAGAAAUAUGGACUGCAAUCAGUAUGUAGGGUAUUUAAAGGAUUCUGGCUACAUCCCAGGCUUUCAUUGAUGAUUGUCAGCUGGAAUCCUCAUUAAGCUUCACCAGAUUAUAAGAUGAUACUUAUGCUACUGCUUUUCAUAUAUCAUACACAGCUUUUAUGCAUAUAUUUACAAAGUUAUUUAACUUUCCACUACUAGUAAACGUUUUUUGUAAAUCAUUAGCCAGCUUAAAACUAAAAAAUUAAUAUUCUCUUAUUAUUUUUUUGUAUUUCUUUGACUCGCCUGGAAGUGUAAGACUAAAAUUUACUAUUUCAUGAAAAGUUUUUCGUGGAUUCAUUGUUUGUUCUUUUAGUUAAUGUCACUUACUUUGUGGACCAAAACGCUAACAAUCAAUAUGGGAUUUUUAAGACCCUGUGGCCCCAUGCCUCUGGAAUUUCUGCCAUGCAUAGCAUUGUAGCUUUUUUGUUAGGCAGCUAGUUAGUGCAUGUUCAGGUUGUUCCUUGUAGUUCCAUUGACAGUCCAAUUCUGACUCCAAGGCAUGAAAAUGUUAAGUAAGAAAAACCCCAUCGCAUCUUUAGUGCUGAAAUACCCUUACCACAGAGCCGGAUAUUGGAAAUUCCAGAAGAAUGGGACGGGUCAAUUACAUAUUUUUUUUAAAGGUAAAGACCCUGUUUUCCUUUCAAAUUACUAUCUUUUAAACUUUUGAAAUCCGUAUUCUUUGGCGUCUUCCCUUUGUGGAGUAAUUGUGAAAUUACACUGAGAGUAGGAUAGGAUAUUAAAAUUUGUAUCCACUUGACAUUGGCGAGAUUGGGUGAGUUUGUGCGAGAUAAUGUGAGUUUAGGCGAGUUAAGGCGAGAUAAGGAAAUUUUCAAAGAACAUAAUCUCAAGUUGCGAGUUAGGGCGAGUUAAGGUCCCAGAAUAGGCCUAAGCUUGAAGACUCGGGGUUUUUAGGGACACUUUAAUACUUGUCUUCGUGAAUGAAAAUUGUUGUCUCUGUAUAUGUUUCACCGAAUUAUAUUUCUUUUAUUAAUUGUUAAUACUGAGUCUCUCUUGUAAUUUUAAUCGCUGUGCCGUUUGUUUUCAGUCGUUCAGUGAACAUCGCUUGCAAGAGUACUCAAAAUGCCGUGCUUAUCACUGAAACACUUUUGAAGAUUACACAUCGAUAAAACGAUUAAAUGAACAAUAACCAUAAUAAAUUCUUUAUUAUGUUGAAGCGUAACUCUGUUAAUGUUCAUUAAAACACGAACACAGCUUGCUCUGCAAACGUGAGAACCGGCUGGCCAUAUAUUCUAGGUGAUUUUGAAAAUUUUUUUAACUGUUUUAUAGCUAAAAGCCCACUGGUGCUUCGAUCGAUCGUCCUGAACACUGAGUGAGUGCACUUUGUAUUGCAAAAUUGUGAAAUACUGCAUUCUGUCUGAGGUCUGUGUGAUAAAAACAGUGCCUCAUAGCACUGUUUCACCUCAGAUGUGAUGUUUAAAUGGUAUAAAAGGUUGGUUUACACGCACCCAGAUUUGUUCGCAAUAUUUUGUAAAGUAAACUUGUCGAACGCAAAAAAUUUGGCCUGAUUUUUUUUCCAGGCCUAAUUAAUCUAGGUGAUCAAGAGCCAUUAUGGCUCUUAAAAUGUGAUCGAAGAUGAUUGCUAUUUUGGGGGUGUACAUAUGAGGCUAUCUUGGGCUGUUUGCAAAUUAUUGUUGUCUAAAAUCACGUAGCCUUUCUCUCAAAAGUCACAUGAAUGUGCUCUAAAGUUAACUGAAUUUUUUAAUACAAGUUUAUUGUUUGAUUUAAAUUAUAAAUUUAUUCUAUAUAUUAUUAAAUUUUCCAUAAUUAGUUAUAGCUUUGGGAAGGUACUAUGACUGUUUAGCUGCAGAUCGUGUAUUUUAAUGAUGGAUCUCACUUGCUUUAGAGAAAAGUGCAUCACAAGCAGAAGGUAAUGAGGAAUUUUUGAAUCUGUAUAUAAAAACUGCAAUAUGAUAUGAUAUCAAAUCUUCCAGCUUAAUUUUCUAAAUAUAGGACUCGAGUGUUCAUGAAAACUUGUAAAUGUCAUAAGGCGAAUAGCUCUUUUCUGUAAAAUAAAGAGAGGUUGGAGAGUUAAUAAUAAUAACUUUAUUUAUAUAGCGCUCAUAUCCUGAGCUCAUGGCGCUUGAAAAUGUAUAAAAAGGGGAAAACGAAAUAAUUUACAUAUCACAAGCUUAAAAAUCUAUUUACAAUCAUUAUAUUACAGGUCUUAAAAUCAUAAAGUUUACAAAACCAAUGACCCACUCUCUAAAAAUUGCCUAAAAAGAUACGUUUUCAAUUCUUUCUUAAAAUCAGUUAAAGAUGGUGACUUACGCAAAUCUACUGGUAGUGAAUUCCACAGUUUAGGAGCACACACUGAAAAAGCCUUGUCCCCGUAAGUUUUCGUGAUUGAUCGAGGUUGGUCUAACAGCUGCUUAGAUGCAGACCGCAAGACCCUGGAAUUCGAUUGAUAACUCAGUCUGUCCGCCAGAUAGCUAGGGGAAAGGUUGUUAAGUGAUUUGAAAACUAGCAAAAGAGUUUUAAAAACAAUACGGUAACUAACCGGAAGCCAGUGAAGGCCAAAUAAGACAGGUGUAAUGUGAUCAAAUUUACGAAUCUUCGAAACAAUUCUGGCGGCAGUGUUCUGAACGUAUUGAAGCUUCUUCAUCUGCUUUUUCCUACAGCCUUAGAGUAAGGAAUUGCAAUAGUCUAGUUUAGAUGUUAUGAAAGCAUGCACAGCAAUUUCACUAGUCUCCCGUGUGAGAUAUUUUCUAAUCUUUGAUAAGUUUUUAAGCUGGUUAAACGAUGAUCUGCAAAUGUCUGAGACGUGCACAUCCAAUAACAUGUUGUCAUCAAGUACUACUCCCAGACUCCUAGCAUUGGCGGUGGUUGUCAGCCUCUCAUUACCGAUGCUGAAGUAGCUGGAGAGUGGACGAGUAUGGUACUUCGAGUAAAUAAGCAUAAUUUCUGUUUCGUCGUGAUUGAGUUUCAGCUCGUUUACGUCCAUCCAAUGACAUAUAUCAGCGGCACAGUUCUCUACGCGCAGCCUUGCAACAUGAACAUCACAAUCCUUGA